CCUCAAUGUAUAAAACAUGUUCAUAGCUCCCUCUGAUGACCACUGGAAACCACACAACAUUUCUGCUAGUUCGUGCAUUCAGCUGCUGAGUGGUUAGAUCUAAUUGCUUCCAAGUGAGGUCAGCAAAAGGUAUUUAUCGAAAAGCAUUGAACAACAACAGGCUCAACACACACAGAAAACCCCUCUUGCGUGUUGAUUUAUGGAAACAAUUAGGAUUCUGCUGGAGUUUUUCUGAGUUGAGAAAUAGUUUGUCACUACAGAAUCUCAUGUUGCAAAGAGCAGGCUGCAGAAAUGGAAUAUGUGUAUCUCCAUCUGUUAUCAACAAGAACCAGUAAGUUCUAUUUGCUUUUUGAAUAAUUCGUACAGGAUUCAGUAUUUGCAGAUUUGUUUGUUUGCAUUCUGAUCGUUGAGACACUGAAAUACCAGACAGUUCGUGACAGAUUUCAGCAAGCUUUAUCUGCAUGUCUGUGGCUUUUACUAACAUAUUGUGAAAACUCCCAAAGCAGAGUCUGACAGCUCAGCCGAAGACGUGUGCUGCUCUCUCUACACAAGCAUGCUGGGUUAAGCACUGCCUCAUACAUGUAUUAACUUAACGCGGUUAAUGACCAUGACCAGAAUCAUUCGUUUCAAUAAGAAACCAAAGUGCCCUUACAGCUUCUAUACUAAUAUUUGUUUGGCAAUUUUGAUUUAAUUCAUAGGAUAAAUGUUAGUUUUGCAUACAAUUUUUAGGGUUAAUUAAUCUUUGUUUGCAUUUACAGUGGCAAGAAAAAUUACAUUACACAAAUAUAUACACAGUUAUACAUCCUAUAUAAUAUUCUGCACACAGGUAGAAAUAAUUUAGAACUACACAAAAGGCAUGCAAAGGCCCCAUUUAGAUAUAUUUGCUGGACUGUAGUAUAAAUAUUAUCAUUUCUUUACAGUUCUGUUACUAUUGUACUUAACAGCAAGUCUGAGUAGUCCCGAAUAUUACAGCUGCCAGCUUCGUUCCAUUUGGAUCUUCUGAAGGACACUGCGUGGAGAAAUCGCUAUUGGGACAUCAAGGUUUAAAGAAUUUACAGAAAAGGAGUAAAACCAGCCUAGGAGCAUCUUCAGUCGGUUUAUUUGCUUUAACAGGUCCUGGACCUACCAACACAAAUCCACCUGAGAUUUAAGUUUCAUUAUGAUGUUCAUGGACACCCAAAGCACUGCACUAUAAUGCGCAAAUGGAUACUAUCUUGGAUACUUCCAACAUUGCUCUACAGACCGUACUUUCACGUUAUAUUUUUAUUGGGCACUCUGUCUCUCGCUUGCAAUGACAUGACUCCAGAGCAAAUGGCUGUAAAUGUGAACUGCUCCAGCCCUGAGAGACAUACCAGAAGUUAUGAUUAUAUGGAGGGUGGGGAUGUACGGAUAAGGAAACUUUUUUGUCGAACACAAUGGUAUCUGUGGAUUGGUAAGCAAGGUAAUGUGAAGGGAACACAGGAUGCCAACAGCAGUUACAGUAAGUAACAAUUUAUAUUUUUCUGAACUAUACUAAAGCUAUCGUCUUAAGUGGCCCCCAUCAUAUAUAUCUUAUAGAAUAUGAAAGAAUUACGCAGUAUAACUGUUCUCAUAUAUUUUUUUUUUAAAGUGCCAUUUUAACCCCUUAAGGACCAAACGUCUGGAAUAAAAGGGAAUCAUGACAUGUCACACAUGUCAUGUGUCCUUAAGGGGUUAAACAAUGCAGUGGUGACUGUUUGUUGAGCCUAAAUAUUUUACCUAAUUAUGUCACCAAUAAGUUUUAAUAAAAAUUCAGAGCUGACACCAUGUAUGUAUUUGAAUUAUCAUAGCACGUUUGAUUUAGUUUAUGAAAUUAUUUUAAAGAAAUCUAAUUUUCAUACCUUAACUUAGAAGUCGAAUACACAAUAGAAAAAAGCUAGAAACUUGAGCGGCUAAUGGUGUAGUAGGACAUAAAAUGUAUGUAAUGAGUUUACAGUGUAGCCUUUGAUAGUGUCAUAUAUGUUACAGACGUAAAAGAAAUGGGAUGUUUUGAUUGGACAGUCAGGCAGUUGAAAGGAUGCUAGAGAUGAAUGCAGUAGGUGAAAUAGGUUUGUGUUUAAGUAUGUAGUGUGCAUUCAAUGCUUUCAUAUGUUCACAUGGACUGCACUCACCAUGCCACUACUUCAUAUUGUGUGAAACACAUUAAGGCAGUAGUGACACACAUUAAGGCAGUAGUGAUGCUAAGCUUAUUAUUAUUAUUAUUAGUCUAAAAUGAAUCUACUAAUGGAGAAAAGGACUGGAGAUCCCAUACUUCAAGUGAUUUAAACUACACAAGUAAUAGCGAUAUAAAGUUAUGUAUGUAGAGGGAAAAUAUUUUUAAAAUUAUAAAUAUAUCUGUGAUCCUUUAUUGAUAUCCUCUUAAAAUAUACAAUGGGAAGACGGGAUUGGGAAGAUAAUGAAGACUACAAAACAAUGCAUUUUCUGCUUUAAGUGCAACUUAUUAGGUGUUAUUAAGCUCCAACUCACAUGGUGCUCAAUAACUUACUGGCUGACCACAGACUGGGUGACUUUCAUGGGGGUAUGCUUUUACAACUAGAAUGCUACUUGUUGGCUACCAGUGGUCUGAACCCAGUGCAGACAAACACCAGAGCAUUCAUAUCUAUGGAUUGGUAUUAGAGUACAGGAGGGAGAGCAUAUUUCAAGGAAAUGUGUCAGAGCAAAAGGUCAGUCUCUGAAUCUGAAGACUAACAGACUCCGGAGGAAAAUGUACUGCUUUUCAUGAAUACAAUAGGGAAUUUUAAAGCACAUUAGGAUAAGGUAGCACUGAUCUCAUAUGUUUGGAUAGACUAUGAACAGGUUGAUAGAUCAAGUGUUUGUUAUCUGCUGUCAUUUUUCUGUAUUUUAACCCAUGUGGUCUGCUGAUGUCUGCUGCAAGUUGCAAACCACAGGAUUACUAGACCCUCAGGCAAUGAAGCCAUUCAUGUACUAUAGUACUUACUCCAAUUUCCUUGAACUAUAUAAACAAACUAUGAUGGCAUGGUUUAGAAAAUUAGAACAUUCUAGCUAUAUGCUUUGAUUCACUAAAUAGAGGAUCAUAGUGAACCGAAAAAUAAAUUGCAUAAUUUAGCAUUAAAAUCCCCCAAAUCAGCACGUUUAACAUACAGAUUGCUACUUAGUGAACAAACCCCUGCAGGUCUGUUCAGAUAGAACAUAUUAUAGAACACGCCAUGUAGUUAAAUGACUCCACAGGGCACACAGAUCAUGCCCAACAAGGCAAAAAAAUCCAGUGGGACUCAAGCAGAUAUAGGAAGCAACUUCCAUUAUGAUCUGCCAGUCAGAGGGUGGUGAACUUGAGAUGAAGGGUCAGGUUUCACCUAUCUUUGUGCCAAUCACUUAUCUUAACUAUGGAUCCGAACAGAUAUUUAACCCUUGUUUUCAGUUUAGGGACUAACUCAAGAAGCAUUUAGAAUAAGUUAAGCAUCCUAUGUAAGUAGCAAUCUGGAUUUAGCUAUAGCACCUCCAACAUUUUAUAUACUAUGUAAAAUGUAUCCUGAAUGUUAGCAAAAAUGUGCUUAAAAUUGACAUUUUCUAAUAUAAGAUGAAAUCGUAUAAAUUCAUAUAAUAGGUGGAAAUGAAAAUAUUAAUAUAUUAGUUAUUUAGCCUUAAACAAUAUGGAGGCAUAGCACCGAAGGGCUUGCAGAAAAUGAUACCCUGAACCAGUAUUAUAAGAAAACGAUGAGUGUAUGAACAGCACAAAGGAAAUGUUAAAACAAUACUCUUAAAGUAGUUUAUUUUAGACAUCAUGCACACGUAGAUUUAAUCCCUUAGAGACCAGUGGCAGUCUAUGCCUUUCCAUCUGGUCUUUAAGAAUCCUAAUCCAGAACAAAAAUUCCUACUUAACUAACUGCUUCAGGGCUUCGUAUAGCUGCCAGAGUUAAAUAAGCAGGGCACUGAAUGUUGGCAUAAGGUUUUAAGUGCAAAAGGAAAAAGUGUAACAUGUGGUCGUUAAGGAGUUAAAAGUGUAUUGUAUCAUUUUACUGUUGUAAGGUUCAGCAGGUAGCAUAUCCUUAGGAAUAUUUUGAUCAUUUUUAAUUGAAGAAGUGCAUUUUGCAUAUAUCUGUCAAAAAUCGGUGGCUUUUCAUUAUUAAAAUGGUAUACCCAAUAUUCAAAAAAUAAUCUCCGGGAAUGAGAUCUCCCUGUAGUGGUUAAUGGUCACAAAGUCUCCAGGAAUUAGACAUACCAGCAAAUCUGAGAAGUGCCUGAAAAAAAUGCUCAGUAAUUCAUUCUGAGUCCAAUGGCAACUCUGUGUGAGGUACAUUGACUGAGCAAAAAUCAGGUGACAUCCUGCACUACACAUAUCUUACAAGCUAGAAAAAUGGUUCAUUUAGCUGGACACUUUAUAAUAAAAGCAGUGAGUUUGAUUUGCAGGCUGGAAUCCUAGCAUUCAACAUGGAUUGAAAAAAAAAGAAAUCUAUUGAUCAACUGUAACCUUUCCCGUACUACUCAUCUUCACCCUCUUUAAUGUGAUGAUCAUAUACCAUUCUGUAGCAUAGGCUUGGGGGCAUGACAUCUAUUGAAUUUCAGAUGCAGUGUAAAAUAACCUAUGUGUUCAAAUGAACACGAUAAAAAACCAAGAACAUGAAUUCAUUAUCUGUAAACACAACCAAACUAUAUCCAUAUCACAUAUGGGAUUCCACACCUGCUCAGUCCAUUCUUCAUCCCUGAAAGGGUAAUCAUACUCCUAGUACUUUUUGUCUGUGUAUAAUACACACACUGUGCUUUUAGAGACUGUUGUACGGAUUAGAACUUUAUUUAGUAUAUAUUAUUUUACAAAUUUGAAUAUGGCUUUUUAAGUGGUUUCUGUUUUUAUAUGCUUAGGUUAUUUAUUCCCUUAACUGAAAUUGUUUUGAUUACUGUUUGCUUUCUUUCCCUUCAAUGGGAUCUCUCAAGGUGUUUAAUACGAUAAUAAGAUAAAAAAAAAAAAAUGUUGCAGUAAUCAUUAAUAAUCCUAUUUCCGAAAUUUAAAACAAAAAAUAAAAGUGAAAAACAAUACUUUUUUCAUGAUUACCUAGAUUUAAAUAUUAUAGUAUUGUCUCUUGUUCCACUCUCUCACUCUAUAACGGGAACCUUUACUGAAUCCGUACUACUCACUGCUUUUCACAUCCCUACCUUCAGAUUCUCCGUUACAGUAAUUUCAAAAUGGUGAUCAAUGGGUCAUUUCCUCCCCCAUCUAAAACUACAUUCUGCAUUCCUGUUACCUACAUAUCUCCAUAGUAGUUAAAUUGCAGAAGAAAGGUGAAACCAUGAUUAUUACCUUCUUUUCAUAUUGGCUUCAUAGACAUUGACAUAUCUUAAGUUUCAUAACAAGUAGUUGGAGAAACUCAUAUUACUCGUGUGCCAUAUUUCACAAAGAAGACACAGAUGAGGUGGCGAGGCAAACAGACUGGUGUCAUGCUUUAAUCCUGCCCAUAUCAGUCUUAACUAACCAUUCUUAACAGCAGUAUAUUUCAAUUCAUAGUGUUAACAUCUAAGAUAUAUUAUGAGCCACAUAAAGGAGAUAAUAAAGAAAAGGUGCUCCCUAAAAAAUGGAUAUAGUAAGAUUAGUUUUUAGCUCAAUGGUGUUUCACAAAGCCUAACAGAAAAUGGUGCACAUAUUAAAAAUUAUAUGUCAGGUAUUCUGCUUAACCCUGGGCUUGACAACAUUGCUUUAAAACUAGGAGCCAGCUAAAAAUGUUAGGAGACAGCUGUUUUUUUAACUAACAAAGCUUUAUUGUCAAUGACAUAGACACAGUGCUUAAAGACACACUAUAGUCACCAGAACCACAACAGCUUAACACAUUGGUUCUGGUGUCUGUAGCCUGUCCCUGCAAGCUUUUUAAUGUAAACAGAGAAAAGGCAGUGUUUACAUGGCUGCCUAGUAACACCUCCUAGGUGCAUUCACUCAGACGGCCACUAGAGGUGCUUCCUAGACCAGUGCUGCACAGUGUGCAGUACCUACAUUCAGAAUCUCCAUGCUCUGCAAGGAAAUGCUGAACGCUCCCCAUAGAGAUGCAUUGAUUCAGUACAUCUCUAUGAGGAGAUGCUGAUUGGCGCAGCGUGGCAGUAAUUUGUCACACUGACAGACACACACAAUCUCUCACACACAUUGACAAAUUAUUAUUAUUUGUUUUACUUUAAGUCCACCCAGCCUCCCUAUCUUUGGGAGAACUGAAGUGGAUCCUUUCCCUGGAGUCCAGUAGAACUGCUAUGAUCCUGUAAUCUUCAAGAUCUUCUUGCUCUGCUUCCUCAAACGCCAUUUAGUGAUGCCAUGGCCAGAGUAAUGUUAUAUUACGGCUCCCGGCAUCACUGCAGGGUGCGUGAGGGAGCAGAGCAAGAAGACCAUGAAGAUUACAGCUCCCUUGCUGCCAUCUCCAUUGCUUACAGCCGCCACCUUGGUGGCCACCCUAAAGUGGUCAUUGCUGAACGGGCUGACAAAUACCCAGGCAGUAAAUCAAAAUUCUUAGUUGCCACGGCGACCUGACCCCUGGGAUUUGUCGAGCCUUGGCUUAACCAUUUUGCAGUUGUAAUUGGAAUUUAAAUAAACUUUUAUGUUUAGGAUAGAUAUUGACAGAAUACAUAAAAAUACAUUGACUAUUUUAUUGAUAUCUGGAAACUUGGUAUCAAUUUGGUAUUUUUGCACUCAUAUAUAAAGUAUCUGUCUCAAAGCUUAAUACACACUCUGAAAUAGGUACCCAUUUCUACGACAGAACCUAUAUGUCAACUUAAUGGUGUUCAUAAAAAAAGUUGAUAGAUGACAGUUAUUUACUAAAGUGGGAAUUCAAAGUGAAUUUAAAAUCUAAGGUCAAACUAGAGGAACUGAAACCAUCAGUCAGCUACGCUUUUAGUUUGUCUAGUUUAGUCUUAAAUUUAAAGUUCACUUUGAAUUCUCACUAUACUUAUUCAUAUAAUACCUUUAAAACCCAUCCAACACCCACAAAUUCCUCUUAGUACAGAUGGCUGUAAAAAGAUGUAUUUUCAAAAUAACUCUGAUGAAUAGGGCUGCCAUCACCCUCCAAAUAUAAUUACCAAGGCAAGUUAUGUGCAUUCACUCAAAUACUCUACGUUGAAACGUGGGCAUCUGGAUCAUGGUCAAUUACUAUACUUACACUGAGAUAUUAACCAAUGCAACUAAUAAACCCAACAAGAAUUUAAAAUCUAGCACCAGGAAACUAUGUUUAAAGUAUUUCAUAGAAUCCUGCAGCUGCAGGGAGAUAUUUCAACUCCUUUGAUUAUAAAAGCAGUAUAUCUGCAAAUAGUUCAUGUCCAAAAUAUAAUGCAGACCUCCUACGUUGAUAGACUGCCUACAUCCUACAGACAUAAAUGAUUCUGGUGCAUAAACCAUUUAAAUAGAUUUUCGACCAGACCCUACAGUAGGGCUGUUUGGCAUUUUUUUUUCUCAUGGGUGGUGGGGGGGAUGGAAGGCUGUGGCUACCUGAGAGGUUCUACAAAAAAGGGAUACUUAAAACUUUUUGUUAGGUGAAUUGUUGUUCUUUAGCUUAGAUAUAGGGCGAUUCUUCUUGUUUGUUCUUUUUAAACUGAACCUGCAUUACAAAGCAAGGACUACUGAAAAGGUUUUCUCCAGUGGCCCAUACUGAUUACAUACAACCUAAGCAUACAUAAUAUUUUGUACAUGUUCUAUACUUAAAGGGACACUGUUUGCACUGUGUUUGCUUCAUCUCAUUAAACUGAUUAUAGUGCCGGGAGUCCCCUGGUAUCAUCAUUCAGCAUUAAACAGUUUUUAAUGUUUUUAUGUUUUAAUGCUAAAUGUGAGUCCCUGGAAAUCCAUCCCCUCUGUUCUUCUUUGGCUAACGAGGAAGUAUUUGCCUGAACAGCAAUGGGUAGCUGUGAUUAGCUGAGAGUGUUAGCUGACUGCUUUUAGCCUAUCACAACUCCAACUGAUGGUAUGAAUGGGUAUGGCAACAAGGAAGUGAGUAAUCUCUGCCUUAGCCACACCUCCAGAAGGGGCUGGACUCUGGGUGGUCAGGGACUCUUAUUUAGUGUUAAACUACUCUAAAGUGGAGGGACAGUGCCAGGGGAUGAAAUGGUUAUAGUGACCAGAGUGUCCCUUUAAUACAUAGUUCUCCUCAGAACAUAUGUUGUAUUUGAUAUAAUAAUCCAUCCUAGUACAAAUGUAUUUGCCAUUUUACCAUUAUAGAUUUUUGCUAAUCGAAUAUUUUCAGGAAGAGGUGUUUUAGUUUGCAUAAGAAAUACCGCAUUCAAACCAGUCAGCAUUUGAAUACACUGAAACCAACAUCCUACAGCAAAACCUAAGUCCUGGGAGAAACGUUAUUGACCAUCACUGCCUAGUAACAUACCUAACUGUGGAUACAUCAUGGAAUAAUUAUAGCAUACAUCUAUGCAUGCAGACAAUAACAAAAGGUUUAAAACUAUUACAGUUGCAUGCAAACAUUGCCUAAUUGCCAUUCACUUUCAAGAUGCUUACUUUAAAAAAAAAAAAUACAUUGACGUGUUAGUUUUACACUAUCAGUUGUCAAACCAAAAUAAUUUAAUACAGUUCCUUACUAUGUAACGUUUGCAUGUAUGUAUUUGUUUUAUAUUUUAAUAUUGCUUUAUUAUAUAGGAAGCGUUAUAAAAUUUUGUGAAAGUGUAAGAUAGGCAAUGCAAAUGAUAAAAUAAAAAAUCUGAUUCAGCAAGUGAGGACAAAUGAUGACAAAUUAACCGUCUCUAUGAAUGUUAGUUGGUGAAUAGAAUACUGACUGCAAUGUGUCCAUCUACAAUAUAAUUUGGCAUUUGCUAUUUUGUUCUCCUUGAAUGUCAGUGGUCCAUAAAGAGUUUGGAAUUUUUAUGUAUUCAAAAAUGUUGCUGCAAAGUUCAUUUUUAUUAGCAUUGGUCAAUGCAGUGGUAGUCUUUGGCCCAAGAUAUAAGUCCCUGCUUGCCACCCAAAAGAUACAUUUAUUAAAUAUGAACAUUUUGCGAUUUUCCAUUCAUAAUGGAAUUCAUGGGCAGUUAUAUCAUCCUCUACAUUUUCAAGAUCCCCCGUAUUUAACAGUUUCACAGAGGACAUAUUAUUCCUUAAAUGGCCAAAGGUAGGCAACCUUCAUCACUCCAGAUGUUGUGAACUACAUCUCCCCUGAUGUUUUGACAUCAUUACGGCUAAGGGAAUCAUGGAAGAUGUAGUCCAAAAUAUCUGGAGUGCCGAACUCCUGCUAUAGACUCUAAACAAUUUCAUCUCUAGAGUCCCCUGGUACUGUUCUUUCAUUCAUUGUUACCAUUUUUGAGCAUUUUAACAGUGAAUGAGUGUCUCUGGUCGCACCCAGCCCCAGCCCUACCCCCACUGGAAGUAUGAUUAAAGCAGAGAUUACACGUUUGUAGCCAUACCAACUUACACUUGCAGUGGACAGCUGUGAUAGGCUAGUGGGCAUUCUCCGACCUUCACUGGCACCCAUUGCUGCUUUGGCUAAUGCCUUCUCACAAGAACGAGCACAAAGUGGUGGCUGCAGGGGACUUUAAUUUAGUGUUAAACCAUUCAAAAAUAGUAAAACAUUGAAUAGAAAUACGGCGCCAGGAAACUCCAGACACUAUAACCACAUCAAUGAGAUGAAGCAGUUACAGUGCCUAGAGUGUCCAUUUAAUAAUAUACUUUUGUUUAAUGUCCUUUACAAAUUAAAAGCUCAAAACAGUCUAUUUAAAUUAACUAGCUACCAAUUGUAUGUAAUUAAUGGAUUUACUGCCUGAAGCCCUUAUCUUUUUUUUCUGGUUUUGUGGUUUACAAACAAUGACACAUUCUGUUCUAAUCAUUUCAAUAUGACUGAUUGAAAUAUUGUUUUAUGUUACCUAAUGCCAGGCUAAUUCAAUACCAUGUAUAUAGUUGGAAGAAAAAAAAACGGGAAAAAAAACAACAAAUACCAAAACAGUUGAUUUUGGUGACUUUUGUAAUCUGAUAUUGAAUGGAUAAUAAACAAAGUGACUUGGAAAUGGGGGAGCCAAUAAAUAAGCAAAUAACUUCAGAUGAGUAAACAAACUAAAUAUAUAAACAUUUUAAUGAAUUACUGCAUCUACAAUGAACGGGCAGGAAAACUAUUCGCAAUGUUUUAUUAGCCUGUUUGGAACCAAAAUAAUGACUAACGGAAUGCCCAACUUCAUUUAUGGUGAAGAGUGCAGUCCAGAAUUGAAAGUCAAAAAAUAUAAAACGGGGGAAAACAAAAUCUUGGAUCAUAUAUGUUGCUGGUUCUACACGCUGGUAUCAGACCUCAAUGGUUUUUAAAUCCUGCAUGCAGGUUUUUACUGAACUGCAAGAGCAGGUUUUACUUCUUGCUUUUUUUAAUAGAAGCAAAACCCCCAAAAAAGUGUCAAAAAAAAUAAUAAUACAAUUCCAGGUACACGUAAAGAUAAACCUAAUUUUAUCCACUGCACAAGAAUGCCCAUACUUGAAGCUGCAUUGAGCAGGUUGUGGCCACCACUGUGCUGAUUAUAAAUAUUUUUUCAAUUUGACAAUUUUUAUUUUCAUAAAGUGUACAAGGUACAAAAAGGAAAAAGGGAAGUGGGGAACAUAAACCAGAGUUGCGUUGUUUUCAGUACAUAUAAGGAGCAUUGGGGUACAGAAAUCAAAUAGGGGAGAGUUAGAGGAGGAAUAUCAGCUUAAAUUGACCUUUCAUCCUAGGAUCCCAGCCCCCCCCAACUCUUGCGGUAGAGUCUCCACAGCGCUCACCCUCUCCCCAUUUGUCUCUCCUGGGACGUCCUUUACCUUUUGUCUUAUACAUGAACCCGUGGGUGUGUGUCUGUGCUUAUUAGAAUUAAAGCAAACUCCAUCAUACAAAAGCAUGGCUGUUACUUUCUAAAAAUGACAGCUGAGUGUAAAUUCAUCUGCAGAAGUGGUCAGUCUAAAGCAGUGAGUACCGCUGAAAAUACACAGUUUUUGCACUAGUGAGGCUGCAUGAUUAGUUUAACUUUUGUUGAAUCAACUAUCAGAGACAAUAUAAGUACCAUAACUGUGACAAAUAAUUGAAGUGGUUAUGUGGCAAGGAGGCUACAGGUGUAGUUCCUCCAGUUUUUAUCAAAGCCACACAGUUAAUGUAUAUGUUUCAAUCUUGUAUGCCAGUUAUAAGCAACAUAUGAGGGGCCAUUUCUGGGCUCUGUGAGAGCUCUGUUUUUUUUAUCAAACUCAUCGAAAACAGUUUGACAGAAAAUAGGGAAUAGCACACAAAGACUCUUGGCACCAUAAUCAUUACAGCGAGCUGAAUUGCUUAUGGUGCUUAGAGUCUCUUAAUAAAUUAAACCAUUACAUCUUAUUGUAAUAGCUUUUGCAUCAAGCAAUGCAUAUGUAUGCUACAAACUGGUCAGGAUUCAAAAUAGCAGCAGGUUGUGUUACCUUGUCAGUACAUGGUGUAUCUAUUCGCAGUUCUUACUUAUUUUAGAUGUUUUAUUGGUUUACAGAUAUUUGACUGUUAGAUUAUUCUUACAUCCAGUAACUUGAUUUUCUCUGUCUACAUUUUACAAUGGUAGCAACUUAAUAAAAAGAUCUGAGCUCAAGAUCCAUAAAUGAUGAAAUCAGAUUAUCUAGCUGACAUAUAUGACAACAUUCUUACAUAAUUCGAACCUCAAUCCUCUCACCACCUCUCCCCCAAACCCUCUAUCUAAAUCUUCCAUUUAGUCUGCAUACAUUCUGGCACAUAUCGAUCAUAUUCAUAUGUUUGUAUUUCACUUUUAUCUGUGGCGCUUAAUUUAAAUCCAUUUUGGUCCCCCAAGGCAUGGCUUAGCAUGUCAAAAUGUAACUCCACAGCUUUGUGGAGACAGGCUAAGGGGAAAACAUGGGUGGAAUGGGGGGCUUGGAGAGAGGGGAGGGGGAGUUCUGGCUUCAGACACCAAUUUUGCAUCAAAUUCUCAUUACACAGCCUGAGGUGUAGUUACACCUUUGACAGCAGUGGGGUUAAUCAUCAUCAUCAUAUAUGCAGCAUUUCAUAGUGACGUGCUGCACACAGAUGCCAAGCACCAUGACCACUUCAAGUCAGUGAGGUGGUCAUGGUGCUUUUAGUAACUCUUUAAGAAGCAGAAACAUAUUUCUGUAUUAUUAGUCUACAUUUCCCAGAUAAUGCUUCACAGAUAACAUUCAGAGUCAGAAAACAUGAACUUAACUGAUUAUAAUUUUGUUCUAUGUUGAUAGCAAUAAUACUGUCCUCAUUUUUAUUUUUACAACCUUCAAAUAACCUAAAAACUUGAUUACGUCAUUCGCUGUGUGCUGAUGAUAGACGUUUUGUAAGCACAGAAAUGAAAUUAGUCAAUCUAGAACAGAGUUCUGUGCUCUUCUUUUAUUGACGUUUCUCAGCCGUUUGGCAUCAGAAAGACCAAUAUUAAUCUGUUUGCUAUUCUUCAUGCAGGUAGCGUGUUUCUGAUAUAUACUUCAUAUAUUACCAUUGAGCAACUCUUGCUUGUUUCUCUGGAUCUUGUUGUCCAUGUUCUAUGUAAACUUAUCUUAUCUACUGCUAGUCUCAGACUAUACAGUAGUCUUUCCCUGAUAUCUAAUUAACUAAAUAUUUAUUCCUCACAUGUUCUGACUAUCUGCUUCUAUGCUUCUGAAAUACCAAAUUACGUUAGUCCGUAUUCUAUCCAUCACACUAGGCCUGCUUGAUGCACCUCACUAGUGACACAAAUGUCAGAACUGUUAUAAUAAAUAUUGAGCAAGUAAAGUGAUGUAGUGAUGUAGAGGGAAUAAAAGAAUGCUAUAGGAGCUGUGGGGGAAGCAACAGUCCUAGAGAGAUUUUGGGCUGGGUUUAAAUGACCACUAUAGUGCCAGGAAAACAUACUCGUUUUCCUGGCUGAAGGGGAUGGAAAGGGGUUAAUCCCUUACCUUUUUUCCAGCGCCUCUCCUCCCUCUUCUUCCGUUAUCGGCUGCAUGCGCGGCAAGAGUCGCGCGCGCAUUCAGCCAGUCUCAUAGGAAAGCAUUCUCAAUGCUUUCCUAUGGACGAUGGCGUCUUCUCCCUGUGAAAAUCACAGUGAGAAGCGCGGAAGCGCCUCUAGCAGAUGUCAGUGAGACAGCCACUAGAGGCUGGAUUAACCCAUAGGUAAACAUAGCAGUUUCUCUGAAACUGCUAUUUUUACAGCAAAAAGGGUUAAACCUAGCUGGACCUGGCACCCAGACCACUUCAUUAAGCUGAAGUGGUCUGGGUGCCUAUAGUGGUUCUUUAAUACCACGUAUAAAAGCCAUUCAACUGUAUUCAUGUAUAUCAAUAUAAUUAACUCCUGCAGUAUUAGUGGCUUGUCAUGCUAACAAGGGAUUCACCAAACCCUUGUCCUUAAGGGGUUAAUGUGAUCAUGCUUCUUAAUAUUAAUAAUAUAACUAAAUUAUAUAUCUAUCACUAUACUUCUAUGUUAUAUAUCUAUUACUAUAUUAUAUUUGUAUCUCUUGCCAUGUCAUUUGCAAGAAAUAGCACUGUGUGAUGUUUUUUUAAACAAAAAAUUUGAAUCUUCAAAAUAACAAUUUGGCUUCAAGGAAUCGUUAGAAAGCUCUGUGAUGUUAUGCUUCAUGGUGAUUUUUUUUGUUAGGUUUCCUAGAAAUCUGAUGGGUAUAUGGUCUACAAAGUGAUGGGAAUUUGUCAUGUUGUCAAUUCCUGUCUGUGUUUUAAUGCUUUCUGGGGGAGGGAGGUGGAUUGGCAGGCCUGGGAUAAUUGCAGUACAUAGAGCUCAAGGCCAGAAAAGUUUAGUGAGUGGCAAUGCUACUAGGAGGAUCAAAAGAACAGUAGAAUUGUACCCAUUCAUUAGACCAUCAGGUCAAUUGAUUAAAAGCUAUUACUAGUUUGAAAAAAUGACUACACAGCUGGUUUCUUUACCAUGAUCACCUUGAAACUUACACAUUUCAAAACACCUGUAACAUUGCUACUAGCUCUGAAUAGACAGACAGAUCAUUACAGAAUGGCAAAACAUCAUAACUAGAACUCUGGAUUAACUGAGGACUGAAUGAAUAUUUUAUAGGUAAUUUAACCCCUUAAGGACGGAGCCAAAUGUACACGUUGUGAACGAAACAAAAUGUAAACAAAACCUGGCAUUUGCGCUACAUGUCUGUCCAACUGUAAUUCACCUCUUUCAUAUUAAAUACACCCACCCUUAUUAUAUAUCAUUUUAUUCAGGGGAAACGGGGCUUUUAUUUAAUAUCAAAUAUUUAGCUAUGAAACAUAAUUUAAUAUGAAAAAAAUGGGAGAAAAUAAGAUUUUUUUUUUUAUUUGUUUGCUUUUACAGCAAUAAAAUACACAUAUUUGUAUUCAGCAAAGUCUCACGUGUAAAACAGUACCCCCUAUGUACAGGUUUUAUGGCGUUUUGGGAAGUUAAAGGGUCAAAUAUAGCACGUUACAUUUGAAAUUGAAAUUUGCCAGAUUGGUUACGUUGCCUUUGAGACUGUAUAGUAGCCCGGGAAUGAAAUUUACACCCAUAAUGGCAUACCAUUUGUAAUAGUAGACAACCCAAGGUAUUGCAAAUGGGGUAUGUCCAGUCUUUUUUAGUAGCCAUUUGGUCACAAACACUGGCCAAAGUUAGCGUUAGUAUUUGUUUGUGUGUGAAAAAUGCAAAAAGCGCCAAUUUUGGCCAGUGUUUGUGACUAAGUGGCUACUAAAAAAGACUGGACAUACCCUGUUUGCAAUACCUUGGGUUGUCUACUAUUGCAAAUGGUAUGCCAUCAUAGGGGUAAUUUUCAUUCUUGGGCUACCAUAGGGUCUCAAAGGCAACGUAACCAAUCUGGCGAAUUUUAAUGUGAAAAAAAUGAAACGCAAGCCUUAUAUUUGACGCUGUAACUUUUGAAAACACCAUAAAACCUGUACAUGAGGGGUACUGUUGUACUCGGGAGACUUCGCUGAACACAAAUAUUUGUGUUUCAAAACAGUAAAAAGUAUCACAGCAAUAAUAUCGUCCGUGUAAGUGCUGUUUGUGCAUGAAAAAUGCAAAAAAAAUUCACUUUUACUGGCGAUAUCAUCGUUGUAAUACAUUUUACUGUUUUGAAACACUAAUAUUUGUGUUCAGCGAAGUCUCCCGAGUAGAACAGUACCCCCCCGUGUACAGGUUUUAUGGUGUCUUGGAAAGUUAUAGGGUUAAAUAUAGUGCUAGCAAAUGAAAUUCCCUUUACUUUCGGCAUGGGUUGUCAGGCAGGUCCCGCUAAUUGUAAUUAAUUAGGAUACCUAAUUAUGUAAAAAUAUUACAUAAAUAUAUAUGUAGAAUAUAUGUAUAUAUAUAUAUAUAUAUAUAUAUAUAUACGUAUGUGAAUCUAUAUGUGUAUAUAUAUAUAUAUAUAAUUUAAAAAAAAUAUUUUUAUUUAUAUAUAUAUAGGUAUAUAUAUAGUGAUAUAUACGUAUAUAUUUUUGUAUGUAGAUAUAUAUAUUAUUUCGUUCUACGUGUAUUUUGAUAUAAAUAUAUAUAUAUUAAUAUCACAAUACAGUUAGUAUUUGUAUAUAAAUACAGUUAGUAUUUGAUAUAAAUAUAUAUAUAUAUAUAUAUAUAUAUAUAUAUAUUAAUAUCACAAAAUAACACACAUCUAUUUUUUUAUUGUUUAAUUAUUUUUUUAAAUUUUUUAACGUAUUUACAUAUUAAAUUUUUUUAUAUUAUAUUAUAUAUAUAUUUAAUCAGUAUCAGUCUACGUGUAAUUUGAUAUUAAUAUAUAUAUAAUUAUAUAUAUAUUAAUAGUAAAAUACACCUAGACAUUGUGUGUGUGUAUGUAUAUGUGUAUCAUUAGAUCACCGGAGGAGGAGGAUCUGCCGCAGGGGUGGCUCCCUGGGAGUCCCCCCCACCGCGACCGCCGGCGACCGGGUAAGUAAUGAAAGAACGGAGGGCGUACAAUUACGCCCGGCGGCGUUUAGAGCCGCCUAAAAUAGGGAAUAAUUGUACGCCCUCCGGUCUUAAGGGGUUAAACAUAUAACAAGCAAACAUGUUAUAAACACAACAUAUUGCAAAAAGGGGGGUGGGGGGGGGGGGAUAAGUCCUGUGCUUUAAACUCCCACUAUUCCUGGGCAGCAUCAAUGGCUAUAGUAUUUUCCAGCCAAAAUAUAUCAAAGAAAACCAGUUACCUGCGUGCCUAAAUCCCUAUGCAUAUUUUAAGAACUAGAGUGUUUUUUUAGUUCUACUCCAAUGUCCGUUAAAUUGUUAGGUCACGUGCUAUAUCAAGGUACACCUUAUAGGUGAGUCCUACCCUAACAAUCCCCUUGCUGUUUUAUCUAAAAGGCAAAAUAUCUAAUGAGACAGAAAGAUGUACUCAUGUGAACCCCUACACAAUUACUAACCCAUAACCAGGCACACAUGUGGUGGGUGGCGUCUCUGUACAUGGUUGUGUAAUACAGAAGCAAAUACAAGCACACAAAAUUAAGCCCUGCAUUCAAACUUCCACUACUCUUGGGUGGCAGCAAUGGCUAUAGUAUUUACCAGGAUACUGUUGAAUAUUAUACUGCGCAAGUAACAUUGAUGCAGUAAACAAAUCCAUUGCUGCAGUAGAAAGGCAGCUUCCCCCCCUCCCCCCCCUUUUUUAUUCCCUAUAUUAAUCCCUCAAUGACACAGAUCUUCAAAAGGAUUUCGGCCAAUCUGUCCAUCAUACCUCCCAAGUGUUUCUUUUUAAGAGGGACAGUCCCUAUUUUGAAAUUAGUUUUUUUUCCAAAUUCCUCUGUCCCGAUUUUCUUUCCUAAUGUCCUGUGUCCUUAAACUACAAAGAAUGUGUUUAGAAGUCAUCCUGUGUAAAGAAGAUCCAUAGUUUUUGCUCUAAAUUACAUUAUUGUUGCAUAAACUGUUAUUAAAGGGACAAUCCACUGCCCAAAUACAAUUUUUUUUUAAAAUCACUAUUUAGUAUAUAUACCCCUAAUGAAAUCAUGCAUGCAUUUAAUUAUGCAUUUUCCAAUAGUGCUCCAUGUAAAAAUAGCUUUCAAAACCUGCAGAUCUCUUCUCUGAUGCCUUUGCAAACCUUCUCCUUUUAUCUCCACCCAGACUUUCUGUGGCUAUCCAAUCACUAGUGCUCAAUGCUGCUCAAUGAGAAGUCUUUGCAAGGCAGGUGUACUGAGCAAUUGCUGCCUCAUGAGUUUAGCACCACUGAGCUGACAAAGCAGAAAGUAACAGGACCGGUUUUCUGCUUGAAAGCCAAGGUUAACCCCUUAAGGACAGAGCUUCAGAAGCUUGUCUUUCACUUAAUGACAACAGCAUUUUUUUCAUUUUUUGCUGUUUGCGUUCAACUGCAAUUUGCAUUUUACUAAUUUAUUGCACCGACACAUAUUAUAUAUUGUUUUUUAAAGGACAGAAAGGGCUUUAAUUUGAUGUAACAAACACAUAUAUAUAAAUGCUUAUUUAUAAAACAAAAUACAGAAAAAUGCAAAACAAAAUUAAAAGUUUUAUGUUUUUAUUUACAGUUUUUGCAAUAAUAAUGUGUGCAUAAUUAGUGCAGGUUAAGGAAAGUAAUAAAAAAUAAAUUCAUUUAGUUGUUCUGAUUUACAGAAUAUAUAAUAUGUCUGGGAUUUUAAGUUUUUUUUUGGUAGUUACAGGUCACAAAGCACAAGGGGUAAAAUAAACUUUUAAUGUGGAGCGAUUUUAGAAUUUGGUAUGUUUGUCUUGUAAGCUUAAUAGCCAUAAAAGAAAACAAAAUUGCCACACAAAAGUAUAUAUUUAUAUAAAGUAGACAUCACAGGCUAUUUACCUAGGGUUGUUUUGACACUUUCUACGUAGCCAUUUCACCGCCAACCUCUGCUAAAUAUUGGAAUAAAAUUGUGUUUUUUGGCACACAAACUUAUAACAAAGAAAUUCUCAUGUGUAUUUUGUAAAGUUGGUGUGUGCUAUUCCUGUACAAAGUUUUAUUUUGUGUUCAGUUACAUCUGCUGAGUAAAAUGACACCCCCAUUGUAUGUCUUUGGCACUAUUUCGUGAAGUUACAGUGCCAUAUAAGAGGCCUGUUCUUUUCAGUAUUCACAGUAGAAUUUUGAGAGACUGAUUUAUUGAGCCUGUGCUUCCAUUUGGGGUAUUAUAACAGUUUGACUGUUCAGAAAGGCCCACAAAGGUCUACCAUUUGUAAAAGUAGACACUACAGGGUAUCUCAUAAGGUGCAUAUUGUGCCUUAACAUUCCCCCAUUUUUUCACCAAUAUAUGCCAAAGUAUGUGGUAAAAAAAAUAUUUUGUGUGUUUUUUACACAUGGAUUGCAUUUUUUCUGGGCAUUUUGUAUAUUUCACAUGUGCCACUAAGUUCAAACCCCCCAAAUUAUGCUCAGUCUAAGUCUUCUGAGUAAAAUGACACCACCAUUGUAUGUCUUUGGCACUAUUUCGUGAAGCUACAGUGCCAUAUAGGAGACCAAGCCAUAUCAGUUUUUACCAAACUUUGAAUUUUGACACUGGGCCUAUGUGCAAUUUCCAAGCAUCUUAGCAGGGUUUAAAUUCAAACUACCCCACAAAGGCCUACCAUUUCUUAAAGUAGACACCCGGUAUUUCAAAAGGUAUAUUUUGAACCUUAUCGUGGGAUCAUUUUUCCGCUAGCUAGUACCAAGUGUAGUGGUAAUAAGUGUUUUUUCUGCCUUUUUGACACAGAAAGUGAGUUUGCACAGUAUAUUUUGAAAACCUUAUGUGUGCUACCAGUGUGUAAUACUUCAUAUGUUGCUCAGCUAUGUCGGCUGAGUACAGCAAUAACUCCGUAUGUACCUUUGCCAGGUAUAUGUGGACAUCGGAGGGGCACAUUUGGGACACAGCUAUUCCAGUUUUUUUCAAACUUUACAUUUUUACGCUGUGCCCAUGUCCCAUUAUAGAGUAUUUUACCAGGCUAUAUAAUCCAAAUACCCCAUAAAGCCAUACCAUUUCUUAAAGAAGACAUCCCAGGGUAUUUCAAAAGGCAUAUUUUGAACCUUAGCAUGGGAUCAUUUUUCUGCUAGCUUGUACCAAGUGUAGUGGUAAUAAGUGUUUUUUCUGCCUUUUUGACACACAAAGUGAGUUUGCACAGUAUAUUUUGCAAACCUUAUGUGUGCUACGACUGUAUAAUACUUCAUAUGUUGCUCAGCUAUGUCGUCUGAGUACAGCAAUACCAUCGUAUGUACCUUUGCCAGGUAUAUGUGGAUGUUGAAGGGGCGCAUUUGAGACGCAGCCAUUCAGUUUUUUUCUAACUUUGAAGUUUUACGCUGUGUCCAUGUUCCAAUUUGGAGUAGUUUAGACGGUUGGUUAUUGAAACUUCCCCACAAACACAUACUAUUUAUUAAAGAAUACACCAUGGGGUAAUUCAAAAGGCAUAUUUUGAACCUUGGCGUGGGAUAAUUUUUUCUCUAGUUUGUUCCAGGUGUAGUGGUAAUGAGCAUUUUUAAAUGUAUUUUUUUACUUUUUGAAACUUUUUUACUUUUAAAAACUAGUUUUUAAACUUUUGUUUUGCUUAUUAAUUUUUUUUAAACUUUCCUAAACUUUCUUAAAACUUUUUUUUACAGAUUUAACAUUUUUCUAAGCUUUUUUUUUACCGUUAACCCCUAACUAGCAGUACGCAGCACUAACAGUAAAUUCCCCAUUUUCCCAUAACUCCCACCCACCCCAGCUAGCAAAAUAUAUAAUUAUAAAAUAUUUAAAUUAAUUAAUUAAAUAAAUUGAACCCCUGAGGGUUAAAAAAUAAAUAAAAGUUAAUCCUCAGGGGUUAAAAAAAAUUAGAUCACAGUAUAAUACUGUGAUCUGUAUUUUGAUCACAGUAGGCAGUGAUCGACUGGCAGGUAAGGGGCUAAUUUUUAUUUGGACUGGGUAAAAGGGGGGGUUUAUUUUUUACUUAAACGUUAUUUAAACUUUUUUUUAGCUUAAUUUUUAACUUUUUAAAGUUUAUUUUAAAACUUUAACGUUAACCCCUAGUUAGCCUAACACCAAAUCCCCCAAUUCCCCACUAACUUCCACCCACCCCAGCUAGUUAAAAUAUAUCAUUUUAAAAUUUUUAAAUUAAUUAAUUAAAUAAAUUUAACCCCUGAGGGUUAAAAAAAAAAGAAUUAACCCUCGGGGGUUAAAAAAAAAAAAUCAGAUGACAGUAAAAUGUAAUCCCUGCCAAUUGAUCACUGUAGUCAGUGAUCAAUUGUCAGGGAAGGGGUUAAUUUUUUAUUAAAAUUGGUAAAGAUGGGUGGGAUUUUAAAUUAACUUUAUUUUUAUUUUUACACAGGGGGCAGGAUCUUCACUGGUCCAGCUACCUGCACUUCACACAGAUCCAGGAAGUGCAGGGAGGCGGAAGGUAAGUAUACUGAGCACCUGUGCUCGCUCUGACUGGCUGUCAGAGCAAGCACAUGUGCUGGGGCAGCACUAUCGGGUGCUCCAGGUCUGCCUCUAAUACAGAGGCAGACCAGAGCACCAUUAACCCCGCGAUCGGCGCAAUAGCGGCGAUCCAGGGUUAAUUUAACGGGUGACGACAAGGUCCGUCACUCGUAGUUAUGGCAAUCCCCUGAGUGACGGUCGUCGUUAAGGGGUUAACUUAUAAAAGUGUCAAUUUCUAUUGAAGUUUGCACUUUUUGCAAAAGGAAAAAAAGAGGACACACUCUUUACACAUAAAGCUUUUCAGUCAGCUAAAUUGCUCUGGAGGUCUGGAGUGUCCAUUUAAGUAAUCUAAAAUUUUUCAGAACAGCUACGCCUCUGGUCACACCCUCACUUACAUGCCUAAAAUUAUCUGUCACUCUUUGUCCAUUUGAAAUGUUGUGAGGAAUAGUCUAUGGAGUUCUAUAGAACAAAAAUAAGCCUUGGAUUUUAUAAUUAAUUGAUUAUUUAAUAAAAGGGCCCUACCCAAAACUUGUGUACAGCAGAAAGGAAGCACAAGAUCAACAACAUGUACAUGUCUUGUACCUGUACCAUGGGGAAGCUAUCACUGCUUAUCAAUUGCAGUUGAGGACUCAAAGUUUCAGUUGAUACAAAGUUGAAUCAGAGUUGAAUUGUGAGCUCACUGUUAAAGAGUUCAAAAUAAAUAUGUAGGGUGGAGUUUGAGCCUGAGCAGACACCAUAUAACACGGCUCUGCUAGAAAUCGCUCUAAAAGCCUAAUUUUUGGAAGCUAAUACUCUCACCUGCAUGGUUACUUGCGGGAUCAUACAUCGAGCAGCCCCUGGUAACGACCUGUGCUGUUUUUACACGCUUCUAAAGCACCGCAGAAGAAAUGCAGAUCUGGGGCCUACCACGCUAACCCAGACCUUGAUUUGGCUGCACUGUUUGGCGGUUUCGCAUCCCAGACAGAGCCUACCUCCACUAUGGGACGGCUGUCCCAGAAGCUGCAUCCUGACAUAUCCUCAGGAUCAAGAGACAUUGUGGCUCUGUUGCAGCGGCAGCCCCAACCUAAAAUGGCUCCGCCCGAAAGCAGCGCGUUCAUGGAGGCUCCCCUGGGCCCUUUACAGGCCGAAACACCCUCGUGGCCUGAGCUGCCAAAUACGGAGCAAACCACACUGGCUGUCCCAGACGGGUCGGUUCCUGUUACUAAACAGGAUUUUCAAAACUUGAUGGUGGAGAUUAAGAACCUACUGGUGUCUGAUGUAGCAAUCAUCGAAGCCAACAUGCAGACGUCACUGACCGAGUGAGAGCGGCAGAGGAGGACAUUGUGGAUCUCAAACAGGGUAUGAUCACUGUACAGGACGCCCUACAAUCCAUGCAACAAUCUCUCUCACUUCAUUACACCGCACUAGAUGACCAAUCUAGAUGAAAUCAUCUGAAGUUCAGAGGCAUACUACAUGAGGCGCUUGGUGGCCUCCAUCCUGCCACCCAUUCUUGCCAAAAAAUUCACCCUGGAUGGAAUCUAUCGUCUCCAUAAGUCCAACAGGGUCCCAGCGCCUACAGUGCAAGAUGUCAUAGCACGCUGCUUCCUCUCCCAAGAUAAAAUAAUCAUAUGGUCAGCACUACAAGGCAAGACACCUUAUGUCUUUGAAGGCUCAAGCCUUACCUUCUAUCAAGACCUCACACUGUCCACCUAACAAUGGCAGCGAUCCCUCCACCCACUCACAAGCCAACUGAGAACGGCUGGAUUCAAAUACCGGUGGAUGUAACCCAAGCUCCUAGUGUUUACCCAUGAAGUAACAGUCCACAAGAUAUCAUCACUUGCGGAAUCUCCUACCCUCCUCACAGCCUUGGGCCUACCUAUGCUUACGACAAGCAGCCAAGCACCUACAUUUGGGAUCCUUCCCAAGUUGUGCCUUUUUUCCCUAGUGGCAGCUCUGCCUCACAACCGAGGACUUGACAUUCCUUAUGGGAUAUAUACCCGUUUGCAGAUAUUGUUUAUAUAUAUAUUUGCUCUUUAAUUUAUUAUUUAUAUCUCCACCUACAAGGUAUUACCGUUCCUAGAUUUUCUACUCAAUCGCUACCCAGUAGGUGUCUAGCUCCACACCUACCUGCUCUCCCCCCAGUCAUCCCCUUGGUUAAGGGUACUACCAAAGGACGGCCUGUUUUUUAAUUAAAAUGUUGUAGUCCUUGCCAUUACUCAAUUUACGUAAUCUUAGUUCAUUAUUGUACGCAGGGGCAGACUGACCACUCGGGCACAUCGGUCAUGGACCGAGGGCCCGUGGCAGUCAGGGGCCCGGGGCAGCUAUGGCUGGGCUGGGAAGAUUAGAGGAUUUCCCCAACCAGCCCAGCAUCAAGGCAGCAAAGUUAGUGAGACCAGUUCCCCAACGGGUGCGCUCUGUGUUAGAAUAGAGGAGGGGAUAGGGAGUGACAUCACAACCCCUCCUCUCUUACACAAAUACAGAGCGCCCACCGCAUGUGUGAAGGAGGAGGAGCAGCUGUGAUGGUAACAGCGACAUGCUGCUCAGGGGAGGAUGGAGAGAGCCAGCCUGAACAGACUGAAAUGCAAGGUAUGAUGGGGCAUGAUAGCAGUGUAGGCACCAGAGGAGGGCUUGGGGGGCAGGAGGAGGAGAAUUUGAAGGAAUUGAGGGCAUGGUGAGAUACAAACAAAGGGUGACUGCAAAAUAAGUAGACUUUUACAUACAUGCAAUCAGACAUGCACUCAAACUGACACACUGGGGGGCGGCAUCAAGGCAAGUGCCCUCAGAAUGUCCUGGGAAGCUGCUGUCCAAACUUCCUCCUCUCUCAGACCCCUCCCAUCCCCCCCUCUAUGAACAUAAAACACAGCCCCCUGGCAGCUUCUCCCUUAGAUCUGCACCCCUUAAACAAGCUACAGGGGCCAAAGUCAGCAGCACCUCCGCCCCCAGCUUCAACCAUGUGGCCAUGCUGACCGGAACAAGCUGGGAGACUAGGAGCAACUUGCAGCUCUUCAACCACAGCAAGGGGUGAGAGACAGUGAUAUUGUGUGUGCUAGUGUGCUGUGUGUAGUGACCUUCUGUGUGCAUGUUGUGAGCUGUGUGUGUGUGUGUGUCAGUGUGCUGUCUGUAGUGAACUGUGUGAUCUUGCAUAAUUGGGUAUAUUAGUGAGCUUGUGUGUAGUGAGCUGUUUUUAUUGAGCUUGUAUGUAUCCAAAAUCUUUGUGCAGUGAUUUUUCUGUAGUGCGCUUGUGUGUCUGUGGCUGAGCUUGAGAAUAUGUCAGUGAGCUUGUGUGUAGUGAAAUUGUGUACAUAUCAGUGAGCUGUCUGUGGUGAGCUUGGGAUCUUGUGUGUGUGUGUUUGUGUGUCAGUGAGCAUUCUGUAGCUCGCUGUGUGUAGUGAGCGUGUGUGCGCGUCAAUGAACUAUCUAUAAUGAGUUCUGUAAGUUUGUGUGUAGUUAACUGCUUGUGCAUUUACACCAUACUGGAAGUAUGUAUAUUCAAAACAGCACAUGCAUUGACGCGGACAAAGUGCAAAAGUGUUUACGAUGAUUAUAACACUAAGAUACAAACAUGCCUUCAUACACAUACCCUCACACCAUAUACAAAUAAAAAAUGCACACUUAUUUGAAACAUAAGGGGACCUAUAGGGGAUUUUGCCCAGGGGCCCAGAAGGCUGUCAGACCGCCCCUGACUGUACGUACUCUCAUUCAGCCUGUCUCUACCCCUCAGUGGACCGUUCAUGGAUAACAUUAUUGAUGUUCGGUAUUUCUUGUCAUGUGCAUGUUCUUUUCUUACCUGAUCUCAAUUGUAAUCAAUCCAUACAUGUCUAAAUCCCACUUUUAAAGAAUGUGCAGUAUACAUACCACUUGCCACUCAACCAUCACAAUAUGCCUUACGAAAUGCUCGCUACAACUGUUGCAGUAGGAUGGUGAGCCAGUUCGUUUUUUGUUUUUUUAAUGCACAACAAAAAUAAAGAAUUAUAAAAAAAAAAAUUAAAAAUCAAUAUGUAUUGUUACCAGUAAUAAAUCUAUAGGAUUUAGCUACUACUUCCUUAGGUCAAGGAUAAACAUUUUGGAGUAUGAGAAGUACUAUCAAUCUGACAAUGUUAUUACAUAAAUAAAAGAUAAAUAAUAAACACGAAAAAAAGAGGUGAAAUGGCGCUAAGUAAUUAUAUGUAUAAAUCCCAGUACAGCAAAAAAACAAACCAGUGUUGUAGUCACCUUACAAAACACUUACAUGUACAAAAUUGGAUAAAAAGAGGAAGUUUUGCGCACACGUUGGAAAAUGUGAUAAUCUGUAACAUAAAUAGCUAUCAUAGGGUAAUAUGUAAACAAUACUAUGUAUAUAUGAUAGUAACUGGGAACACUCACAAUUUAGAGAGCCAUAUAAGUCGGCUCUCUACUUGUAAAAACUCGUCAAAUAAUUCCAAGCAGAGCUGUAUACCAAAUGGUCCCACCAAGUGCAGAUAAGAAGUAUCAUCUGGAUACAGUCAGGAACUCAAGGUAAGUAGAAAAAUCUUUUAUUCCAAUGAAGAUAUUGACUUAGUUGGGAGAUAAGGCUAGAAAUCACCAGGACUGUGCAUGAAAAAUUUUUCCAAUACGCUGCACAGACAAGGACAAAUCCAGAAGAGUAGUCAGACAAUGUUCCAAAAGUCAGGGCAGGCAAAGUUUUAUCCUGUUUCCUAAACUGACUUGGCUUGUGACCCUUUCUUCUUGGAUUAUCCGUUAUUGCCUGUUUGUGCCUGCCCUGACUUUUGGAACAUUGUCUGACUACUCUUCUGGAUUUGUCCUUGUCUGUGCAGCGUAUUGGAAACAUUUUUCAUGCACAGUCCUGGUGAUUUCUAGCCUUAUCUCCCAACUAAGUCAAUAUCUUCAUUGGAAUAAAAGAUUUUUCUACUUACCUUGAGUUCCUGACUGUAUCCAGACGAUACUUCUUAUCUGCACUUGGUGGGACCAUUUGGUAUACAGCUCUGCUUGGAAUUAUUUGACGAGUUUUUACAAGUAGAGAGCCGACUUAUAUGGCUCUCUAAAUUGUGAGUGUUCCCAGUUACUAUCAUAUAUACAUAGUAUUGUUUACAUAUUACCCUAUGAUAGCUAUUUAUGUUACAGAUUAUCACAUUUUCCAACGUGUGCGCAAAACUUCCUCUUUUUAUCCAAAAGAUAAAUAAUACCAAAUAAAUUAAAAAUAAUUUUUAUUUCAUCUGGCACAUUGUGAUUCUGUCUCUAAGUUUACUUUUAAUAAAGAAGUCCCAAUCAUUAGAUUAUAUGUUAGUAGCAUUGAAUCCAGUCAUUUAGAAAAAAGUUGGCUUUAUACUGACCCAUUCUUGCUUGUGGAACAAUAAUAUACAGUGUCCUCCACUAAUAUUGGUACCCUUGGUAAAUAUGAACAAAGAAGGUUGUGAAAAUUGUCUUUAUUGUUUAACCUUUUGCCCUUUUGUAUAAAAAAACAUAAAUACUCUACUCUCAUGGAUAUCAAGCAAUUGCAAACACAACAUUGGUUUAUCAAAAAAGAAAAUAUUUGUUAAAUAUAUGUGUGGCACAAUUAUUGGCACCCUUUGAGUUAAUAAUUUGUGCUAUCUCCCUUUGCCAUGAUAACAGCUCUGAGUCUUCUCUUAUAAUGCCUGAUGAGCUAGAGAACAUAUGGCAAGGGAUCUGAGACCAGAUCCUAAAAUUCCAAGGUCGAUGCUGGUGGAGUCUCCUCUUUAGUUCACUCUACAGGUUUUCUAUGGGGUUCAAGUCCGUGGCCUGAUAUUUCAAUGGCAGGACCGUAUUGUGGUCAAUAAUCCAUUUUGUGUUGAUUUUGAUGUAUGUUUGGGAUCUUUGCUUUGUCCUGUUGAAAGAUCCAACCACAUCCCAGGUCCUAUGGAAGAAAACAGCCCCAAAAUAUUAAAGAGCCACCACCACAUUUUACCGUGGGCACGAGAUACUCUUCCUCAUUGUUACCGCUCAUAGUGCACCAAACCCACUAAAGGUGUUUAUUGCCAAAAAGCUCUUUUCCAGUAGUAUCUGGCAAACUAAAGACGUUUGUUUUUUAGAGUAGACUUUUUUGUUGUUGUUGUUGUUGUUGUUACCCUUCCAAACAACUUUCCGUGAUGUAGGUGGUGAUGUAAGUUACAUUGAAUUGUAGUUUUGGAGACUUUUGACCACAAGACGGAACUAACUUCUGCAAUUCUCCAGCUGUGAUCCUUGUAGAUACUUUGGCCACUCAAACCAUCCUCUCUACAGUUCGAUCAGACAAUUUAGACAAUAUGGACACAGUUCUCUUCCAGGUUGUUUCAUAACAUUUCCAGUUGGUUGGAACUUAUAAAUUAUUGCCCUGAUGGUGGAAAUGGGCAUUUUCAAUGCUAUUGUGAUUUUCUUAAAGCCACUUCCCAUUUUGUGAAGUUCAACAACAUUUUGCCUGACUUCACAGCUAUAUUCCUUGCUCUACCCCAUUGUGAUGAAUGACUAGGGGAAUGUGGCCUAUGUGUCACCUCAUAUUUAUCAUAUAAGUCGUGGUGGAACAAUAAGCAAACCCAGGUGUACAAAAAUAUAAAAUAUAAAUAGGAAUAUACCUCAAAUAUAUUUUUCUCAUAUGAAUUCAUAGGAGUGACAAUCAUUGUGCCACACCUAUUAAUGAUUUAAACAUUUUUUUUGGGGGGGGGGGGGUAAACGUGUUGUGUUUGCAAUUGUUUGAUAUCCAUGAGAGCAGAAUAUUUUAUUUCCUACUCAAGCAUAGAGGUCACAGAGCAGAGCCUCUCAUACCAUUAUAAUUUGUUUUAACUGUACGCAUUACAUUUUGCCAUUAUUUUCUUUCUACACCUCCCUCACUCCAUAUUGCAAUGGUUCUAUAUAUUAUUGUAUAUAUAUAAUAUUGUAAAGCGCUACGGAAUCUGUUGGCGCUAUAUAAAUGAUAAUAUAAUUUAGGUAGAUGCAGUGAGAGCAAAGUACAUAAGUAUAUUUAUAAUUAAUUUUAGCGGAACAUAGUUAUGUUAUUCUUUAUUUUAUUAUAAUAAUAUGCACAGGUUCCAAAACUAGGCAUAACCUAGAAAGACAGGCCCACGAGAGGCAAGGACAGAGACACUGUCACAGUCUGAAAUUUAUUAUGAAGUCAUAGCCUCUGACAUUCCAACGAAUAAGGAAGGCUUUAAACGAGGGCGCCUACAGUAGGGCUUAAGGGCAUUGAGGUUGUAGAGUAGAGCCUUUCACACUUUUAUAUUUUCAUUUAAAAGUGCACAAUUAUGUUUUGCAAAUUUUUCCUCUCUGCACUUGCUUUCUAUUGCAAUGUCAGGUUUUAUAUAACUUAGGUAGAGCAGUAAGAUCAUAUCAUAUAAGUAACCUAUAUUUAAUUUCCUCUGUGUAUAAUUAUGUUUUUCUAUUAUUUCCUUUAUAUAAUUGUGCAUAUGCUGCAAAAUCUGGGCUUGCAUAACCUAGAAAGACAGGCACACGAGAUGCAAAGACAGGGGCGCUGCCAUAGUCUGUGGCUUUUUAAAAGAUCACAGACCCUGAAAGGCCAACAAACUAGUAAUGCUCAGCCCCAUUACAACCUCUAACGCUUCAAACAGGGGGCACCAACGCUGGGGAAUUGGCAUAAAAUGAAAGGGGUUACAAAGAAUGAGAUAGAUUGCUGAAUUUAUUAUUAUUAUUGCCAUUUAUAUAGCGCCAACAGAUUCUGCAGCGUUUUACAAUAUUAUGAGGAGGGAUUUAACUAUAAAUAGGACAAUUACAAGAAAACUUACAGGAAUUAUAGGUUGAAGAGGACCCUGCUCAAACGAGCUUACAGUCUAUAGGAAGUGAGGUAUAAAACACAUUAGGACAGGAAAUAGCAAUCAAAUAAGGUGGCAGUGAAGCAGUGCUGGAGGAGAGAGUAGAGUGCUGCCCUUUAGGAGAGAGCAAGAGACUGGUAUGUGAGGUAGAGGUUACUCUGGGAGCCCACAAGCUGGGUUUUAAGACACUUCUUAAACGAUUGAAGACUAGGGGAGAGUCUGAUGGCGGUAGGCAGGCUAUUUCAUAGGAAGGGAGCCACCCGUGAGAAGUCCUGCAAGCGUGAGAUGGCCGUACGGGUGAGAGUAGUGGACAGGAGAAGGUCAUGUGCAGAGCGGAGAGACCGAGAAGGGGCAUACCUAUGAUUCCGUGAAGAGAUAUAAUUGGGGCUGGAAUUGUGCUUGAUAAGUAUGGGUAAGCAAGCCUGAAAAUGUAGAUGGCAAUUAAACACAUACGUAACCAAUAAUCUAAUGCAUUUUCUCUGCAGUAAAGUUAAUCAUUUAUGGUCUGUCCCAUGUGCAUAAGGAAUAUCUUGUAGUAAUUGUAAGAAACAAACUCUUUAUGGGUACAUUUGUUUGUUAUGUACAUAAAGCAUAUAUUUAAACUAAUAUAGGCAUCAUAUUUUCUAGACAUGGGUCUCCUGCUGGAACACAUGAUCUCAGUUAAGAGAGAGAAUGUUCAAGUUCCUCUAAUCUAAUCCAAGACAACAGGAAAAUUCUUAGAAAGCAAAGAGUUAGCAGUUAUAUAGACUUAAAUAUGCAGCUCAAGAACAAUGUUAAUGCUUUUUAGUGUCAUCAAGGGACUCUUUUGACUAGUUAACAAUACUUUUGAGAACUACAAAAGAGAAAAAUAAUAACAAAGGCAGUGGAAAAAAUGUUAUGCAAACCAGAAGUACUGAUUAUUUGUCAACAAAAAAGUGACCACUAAUUUGCUUUAACAAAGAAAAAAAACAACAAUUUAACCUAAUUAAUCUGAGAGGUUUCAAGGCAAUGCAAGGGGCAAUUUGUUAAGCCAUAAAAGAACAUACAAGUGUUAUGUGUUAAUAGGCAAACUAAAAAAGAAAAGAGCUAAUGCUACUUUAUAAAAGCCUAUGGAAAGCUUGUAUAAAUUGAAGUACAUAUGACAUUUCCAUUUUAUUUAUCUGUUCGUCUUUUAUUGAUUAAAAAAAACUGUGGUGUUUAAAGAGAGCACCACGUGUCACAAAUUCUAUAUUAUUUUUAUAUCCAAAUAACUUAAAAGAUUCUCAGCACUCAGGCAAGAGUUUAAAGUAAACAUAUUUUACCACCUCAAGAGGGGACCAUUGUCACACCUACUUUAAUGCGUAUUAUCUCUGAAUACCUGGACCAGGGCUGGAAUAGCAUAGGGGCUAAUAGAGCUGAAGUACCAGGCCCGUGCCCAUGGAAUAAAAUUUCACUACUCUCCACAUGCUCUUGCUUUGUGCAGAGGGAAUGAAGUAUGGAAACUUAAGAGGGAUGUAGGUGAACAAAAUGUGUGUGGAAUGGCAGACAAUGAAAUUAAUUAAGGUAAAGCCCUUAGUUGGCCAGCCUCUGAUUGCCAGGCAGCCGGACAUGCAUUUACGCCAGGCUGACAUACCAAUUAUUGAGGCAGAUAUGCUCCCAUUCUGUCCAUGUCUGCCCCUUUGGGCAGUGCCAGUUACGUAACUCACAUCAAUGGCACUCCCUUUUAAGCUGACCACCAAUGUCCUGCUUUACUGUACGUUACUGUUAGUGGGCAUGGAUUUGAUUGAGAGAUGAAAGCAAGAGACUAGCAUAGGGUAUGUGUUUUUUUUUUAUAGCUGCAUCUGUGAGUUUCAUUCCAGCACCACCAGAUACAUGACUCUUGGGAGGUAUGACUGUUUUAGUGUGUUCCGUUAAUAAUAUUCUGAAACAAGGCCCAUUGUAAUUGUCAGCAGCAAUCCCAAUGGGUACUUAAUCCUGCCCUGAACUUAAAGGACCACUAUAGUGCCAGGAAAACAUACUCGUUUUCCUGUCACUAUAGUGCCCUGAGGGUGCCCCAACCCACAGGGUCCCACUUCCGUGGUGCUGAGGGGGGAGGAAGGGGUUAAACGUACCUCUUUCUCCAGCACCGGGCGGGAGCUCUCCUCCUCCUCUUUGGCUGAAUGUGCAUGCGGGGCAGGAGCUGCGCAUGCAUUCAGACAGUCUCAUAAGAAAGCAUUCACAAUGCUUUCCUAUGGACGCUUGCGUCUUCUCACUGUGAUUUUCACAGUGAGAAUCACGCAAACGCCUCUAGCGGCUGUCAAUGAGACAGCCACUAGAGGCUUUAGAGGCUGGAUUAACCUAUUUAUAAACAUAGCAGUUUCUCUGAAACUGCUAUGUUUAUACAAAAAAUGGGUUAACCCUAGCUGGACCAGGCACCCAGACCACUUCAUUAAGAGUGGUCCUUUAAUGUUUUGGAGAAAGCAGAGCCUCUUGCUCAUGACACUUGGUGGUUGAUUUUAUGACACAAGCAGCUCAGCACACUAUUAAUUAGAGUUGUACAUUUGAUUUCUCCUGAAUUACGAUUCAUCUGAAAUUUGAGCGAUCAAGGGGUCAUCGGAAUUACCAAAGCACCAUAUGACUGAAUGACAAUGCAAAAGCAAUCAAAUGGACAAUGGACAAGCCUUAUUGUUUAAUACGUGAUUCGGAUUUCCUUGGUGGCAAUAAAAGCCUGGAUUGAAGGGAAAAAAGCUGAUUAAUAGUUAGAGGAAGCCACCAAAUGUUGAUUCUAUUGACAGAUCAAGCGAGAAGUGACCCAAUUGUAUUGGUUACUUCUCGUUUAACUUGUGAACCAAAUGGUGUGAAAAUGUGGCUGUCAUUGUCCACCCAAAAUAUACAUAAUAUUUACAUUUUGCAGUGCAUUGAGUGGCCAAUUUUGGUUGGUCCAAAUUGCUUUUACCAUGACAAUUGCAUGGACGAAAACACCACGUGGACAAAACCUGAAUCAAUCGAAACAAGAAAAAAUUAAUUUUUGAACGAAUUUAUUCACACACGUCUACUAUUUAUCUAAACAUGUUUUGUUGACAUUUUACAUACUGCUGCACUGUGCAAAGUUUUGGAUAGCUUUGCAUAGCUUUCAUUUUAUUUACAGAAACCUCUCCAAUUCCUGUGUAUACUAUGAAAUAAAGAGAGAUUGAUUUUACACACUUUAACAUUUUUGCUAUUUGUGUUGGGAACAAUUCUCUCACUGAAGAUAAAGCUCUCCAAUUUAUCCUCUCAGAGUACAGCUAUCUCCCUGACCUUACAUAGAAAAUGUGUCUGUGGUUAACACUGAUAUACCAUGAUGUAUAUCCUGCUAACUUGAUUUACGACAAGCUUGACAUCAUGCAUAAACACUAUGAGGCAUUGCUUUUCUGUCUUUUGGCUAAGAUCAAGUUUAGUAUUCAUAUUGUCUCUACACUGUGAAAUGUUGAUCUUUACUUUGACUAGGGCAGGGGUAGGCAUCCUUCAGCACUUCUGAUGUAUUGGACUACAUCUCCCAGAAUGCUCCUACAGAGAAAUGCUGGCAAAGCAUCAGGGGAGAUGUAGUCCACAACAUCUUGAGUCCAUGCAGGUUUUGUGUGCAUGGUCGGUGCGCUCACUCAUAACUUAAUUCAUUUUUGUUAGGCAUUUUUACUCACUUUCUUUUUUUUUUUUUUUUUUUGACAAUCAAUUUUUAUGUAAUUUUUUAAUAAUAAGACAGGGGUGUAAGAAUAAUAAGCAGGAAUAAGUUGUGCUUCGUUCGAGUGUUCAAGGUCUUACAUUGUCAUAAGUGAUCCAAUACAAAGAUAGUUUACAAUUCACCAUUGUAUGUCAUUAGUUUUCCACCGGUUAAGAUUAGUCUGCGUAUACAUAGUUUGUUCUAUGCUAUCUCGUAUCUUUUGUGAGUUGGUACAAGAUUUCACUUAUAAUACUUCGUAUUCCCUCAUUUAUAUCACUUUGACUCUGUUAUGUGGGGAUGAACAGAGUCGGUGUGGGCAUUGAACCGAGUCUGGUGUUCUGUUUGUCGCACGUACCGGGCUCAGGACGCGUCAGAACAUGACGCGUAGGCUACGGGUCUGAGACCAAGCAUGUGGGGUUAGGGCGCUCCAGACCGUCCUGAACUUGGGCUUGUGGUCAUUGUCCGUUUCGUGUGCCCACUGUGUAGAUGGGUGUGUGUGGCUAACUGGUCUCCAAGGUAAUGGAUUGGGUGUAUAGAUUGGGGCGUGGUUCUGUUUGUAAGCCAUCUUUCAUGUCUGUCAGGAGUGGGGUCUUUUUGUGUGGGGUCGCCUUUGUCCCUUACUAUGAAGUGUAACUUAGGUCCGGGACGUCCAGGUUGCCUAGUGUGUUUAUUCUGCCGCUGCCUAGGAGGUCUGGGCUCUUCUCCACAGCUGUGGUCUGGUCAGUCGGGGGUCCAGAUCCUUUUCAGUGCUACACAUUUACUGUGAGUCCCAGUCCGGCCCGUUAGUCGGGCCUGUCUAGUCUGGAGGGGCACUUUCUCUUCACUAUUUGUAAGCACACCGAACAUACCACAGUGAUGCCAAGUCUGAAAAACCAAUUUGAAGACGAUCAGGGUUAUUUACUUAAGAGAAGUCAAAGUGAAAUAUAAGGUCUAAUUAGCCUAACUGGAACAAUUCUACAAGCUAGCUAUGUUUUCAGUUUGGCUACAUUGGCCUUAACUUUUAAAUUUACUUUGAGUUCUUAAUUUAGUAAAUAAUGUGCUUUUUGGUGGAAUAGAUAAGUCUUUGCUUUAUACCUGACAUCUCACACUGAAGACCAUCUGUUCCGAAGGAUGGACCACGUAAGGCAUAGCAACUGCAGAAGGCACUAGAAGUAGAAUGUACAUGAUCAUAAAGUAGUGAGACCUCCCCUCCGUGCCUGGUGUUCCCAUAGACUGGCUCCCAUGGUAACCUUGCAAUAGUUAAAAUACAGACUACUUAUAGAGCAGUCAGCUGUAAUACUGUUCACAUGACUAUGAAUCAAAAUCCUGUCUGGGAAGCAAGUGCUACAUAUAGACCUAUGGUGCUCUAUUAAAAAUAGGGAGACACGUAAAUUAGGGGGAGGGCACACAAGUCAGUUCACUCUACUACGUUCACCAACAUCCCAUUCAUAUGAGUUGCAGGGUUAUUAAAGGGAUUCUAUAGUGGCAGGAAAAGAAACCCGUUUUCCUGGCACUGUAGAAUACUACAGUGUCCCCCUCCCUCGCGCCAAUCCUCCAGCGCUGCUGAAGGGGUUAAAACCCCUUCAGUCACUCACCUGAAUCCAGGGCCGCUGUCCCUCAAUGCUAGGUUAAGCUCCAUCCACGCUCCUCCCCUGCCGCGAGGGAGACCUAAAGCGCAUGCGCGGCAAUUGCUGCGCUCGCAUUAGGAUUUCCCAUAGAAAGCAUUAUUCAAUGCUUUUCUAUGGGGUAAAAUCUGAUGCUGGAAGUCCCCAUGCAUAGCAUGAGGACGUCCAGUGUCUGGUAGACAGCCACUAACUCUCAAAAACUGCAAAAAUUACCUUUGCAGGGUUAAGGGACAUGGAACAUUGCACCCAGACCACUUAAAUGAGCUGAAGUGGUCUGGGUAUCUUCAGUGUCCCUUUAAGGACCUUAGAGGCUUCCUCUUAGUUUUUUGGCAUUCUGACUAAUGAAACUGAACUACUAACCUGCCACAUACUGGUUGAGGUGACAGAAAAGGGUCUGGGGUAUCUCUUCUUCACUUUUGUCUAUCCUUUGCACUCACUGCACAUCUGGCAGCCUUCUCUUGCUAGUAUGGAAAUCCUACAUUAUUUCCUCAUACACAUGGAGUGAAGUAAAGGAGAUAGAUAGUUCUCUUUCCUUAGCAGCUAACUGUUUACAAAAAUUAUUUCCAAAUUUUAUCCAGUCUUCACUUCUAUCUAUAUUAUAUGUUCUACUUUCCAAAAGGACAGAAAGGGCCUGUAUAGUUUCAACCGCAAAUUAUAUAAUGUAAACUGUGGAAUUAAACUAUCUGGAUUACAUCCAAGCUGUGUGAGCUUGAUUUAGUGGGAGGCUCUGUUAUAUAAUAAUUUAGAUGGCCAUUUUACAUUUGCUUGCAAAAUUACCGUACAAUAAUUCUGCAAUUUAAAACUCCAAACCAUGUGAACCUUUAGUAACCCGAACAGUAAAAUAAAAUCCAUACAAAAUGGACAAAAAUACAGACAUACAAAAAGAUGAGGAAUAUAGCGCAGUAAGCUUUGCAUUGGAUUAUGGGUCUAUAAAGCUACAGAAAAAUAUAUAAUAUAUUUAAUAUAUAAUAUAAUAUAUAAAGAGUAGGUUGUCAAAUAUGAGCCAUUUUCAAAGAAAUUUAAGAAUUCUGAUUCCACUUUAACUAUUAUAGCUGUUAAUAUUACUAAACUUUUUUAGGAUUUGUGAGGAUUUUAAUUGACAGACCCAAACGUGGUAAUUUAAAAGUCAGAACUUUUAAAGGAUCACUAUAGUGUCAGGAAAACAAAGCGGUCCCCCUCCCGUGGCGCUGAAGGGGUUAAAGCCCCUUCAGCAGCUCACCUUAUUCCAGCGCCGGUCUCCCUCGGCGCUGGCUCCCCCGCCGACGUCAGCGGAGCCGAAUGCGCAUGUGCGGCAAGUGCCGAGCGCGCAUUCAAAGUGUCCAUAGGAAAGCAUUUCUCAAUGCUUUCCUAUGGACGCUUUGCGCGAUGGAGGCAUAAUAUGCCUCCAGCUUCGCAGAUGCGCCUCUAGUGGCUGUCCGGAAGACAGCCACUGGAGGCUGGCUUAACCCCAAAUGUAAACAUAGCAGUUUCUCUGAAACUGCUAUGUUUGCAUCUGAAGGGUUAAAACCUGAGGGACCUGACACCCAGACUACUUCAUUGAGCUGAAGUGGUCUGUGUGACUAUAGUGUCCCUUUAAUAUUAAACAACAACAAAAAAUCAAUGUCUCAAAAUCAGAGAUUAGAAAACUGCUAGAAAACUAUAAUAUUUAUAUACGUAGUUGAGUCUAUAUCAAAGAGAGGAAGAUGUUUUAUUCAACAGCACACAAUUGUUACACCUGUACAAAUUGUAUGUCUGUCUGAGAGGAGUACUUUGCUGUCAAUGAAGAAAACAAAAUAGGUAUUAUCUUGGGAUCAGACCUUGCCUCCGUUUUGUCUAUUUUUAGGAGACUAAUUCACUACAAGGAAGAUUUAAAUGGUGACUCAAUGACACUGUUAGAUUCUUCACAUAUAAAUGAAACUUUGGGGCAAAAUAUGAUAGAAUACUAUAGACUUAACCUAAACAUGAUGAUGAAAUAUUUUACAACAUAGCUUGCACAUGAGGCAGAAAUAAAGGGGUACAGCCUAGGCUCAAUUGAAAACACUACAAGAGGGAAAUAACAAAGUACUCUCUAAAAGUACUCAUUCAUAAAUUUUAAAUAAAACACAUGACAACUUAAUAUAGCUCAGAUAGUUAUGUCAGAAGCUCUUAUAUAAAAAGAAGAGUCUAACUAUUUUGUUUAUACCAAACUAUAAAGCUCAUAGUGCAAAAAUGAUAUUGUACUUGCCUCUUUAAAAACUAUUUCUGCUUAAUCACAUAUCCCUCGGCAAAACUUUCUAUUCAGGCUCUCUUUCAAAUAAAUUAUGUAUAAUUAACGAUACAAGGCAAGGAUGUCCUUUAUCCUAUUCAUUUUAAUUUUGGCAAAAGAGUCAUUAGUUGAAAAAAAUAAAACAAAUCAGAUCUUCAGAUAGUAAAGAAUUACUCCAAACCUUUUCAAAGAUAUGUUUCUUUUUCUAGAAUGACCUAUUGGAGAUUAGUUAUUAGGUCCCCAACUUGUAAAUGCUUUAAAAUAAAAAAUAAAGUUGGUGUUCAGUGCCUGGUGAACCUUCCCAUGCUGGUUUCUAUGCCCAUCUGACAUCAAAGUGAAGCAAUUGAUUGGACUAUUCUAACUGACCUGAGAGGGUAUAUGUGCGCUCAAAGCCAGGGAGGGGAGAGAAGCGAGUGGACAGUGGAGGGAGUGUUUUAUAAAUAAAACAAUAACAAUGGAUGGAAACAUGAAGGGAGCGCACCAAGGAAGGGUGAACACAGUCAAGCCUCGGACAGAGUAAUGUGUACCGUGAGUGUGACUAGCCCCCAGCAUCAAAGUGUACAUAUUGCACAAACACUGCACAUACUGAUUCCUACUGCCAUGACCGCUUCUAAAAGUUGAAGUGGUCAUGAAUGUUGGAGUAACCCUUUAAACAGGGAGCACUAACUGGCAUUUUAUGCAGAUUGUAUGAUCCUAGUCAUCAUCAACCUGGUUAAUUUCUUUAGGUGGUAUAGAUCAAUUAUUUAAGAAAUAUGGAGAAGUAUAGUUCAAUAAGAAAGGGCAGAUAUUUUUAGGGUACAUCAACUUAUUGAUUCCGAAAUUAUUUCCUUCUUUUAUUUACAAUAAAAUGCUUUUCAAAUAACUAUUUAUCUAGUUCACAGUGAAACAAAGCUUACCGAUAAACACUGUGCAUUAUGUAAAACAUAAAUCAUUCUGGCAAAUAAUGUAGUAUAAUCUAGAUUAAUUAGAUCUCUAUAGCUUUGCUAUGAUAUCAUAGCUCACUAUAUGGAAAUACAAAAUUUCCAUAUAUGAAACAACCUAUAAAAAACUAAAAAACAUUGCUCUAUCACAAAUGCAUGGUAUGACUGGAUCAUUUGGAAAUGUGUAGGAAAUUAUACAUGCAAUGGUGUUUCCCAAUGAUUGGGUGGAGGAAAUGUUGUUAAAGGGACACAUUAAGCACCCAGACCACUUUGUUUCGUUGAAGUGGUCUGGGUGCAAUGUCCCUGUGCACUUAAUCCUGGAAUGUAAAACUGCAAUCUAUUUACAAAUACUGCCUACAGUGGCUGUCUAUCAGAUUGUCCUGAAUUCGGCUGGACAGUCAAGAUUUCAAAUCUCCAUCAGAGAAGGGACCAGGUACCACAGAAAAGUCACCAUAAAGAAUUUCUACAAAGAGUGGUUUAGCAGCUCUGUCUUUAUGGCCAGCCUUGAUUGGAAAAUUUGUAGGGCUGUCAACUGUGCAUGAAUCAACACAAGGAUGUCACACAGAUAAAAGUCACACAUGCUUGUGAGAGGAAGUUUUUUGUUGAAUUGCUGGAGCAACAAACAGACAUCUGUGUCUCCUGCUGCAUAAUUCCAUCAUUUAGGGAACUAGCUUGGCAAUAAAACAGACCACAAAUAUAACUGAUGGAGGCAAAUUACUUUAAAUAUUUCCCGGCCAGGGAAGUGGUCACUUAAUGAUCUCCUGCAGCACCAUGCAGGAAACUAGGAGAUUUAAAAUAGGGAAAUAAUAAGGCCACUGGCCUUGGUAUAAUACACAGUUGCUCAGUGGAUUCUAAAUUCUAUAAUACAUAUAGAAGCAUAAUGAUACAAGCAUAAUGGAUACAUGUAAAAAUUAACAGGGAUGGUAUAAUCUUUAUGAAUUACAUAAUUUGAAGCCACGUUCUCCUUGUUAAAAUAACAACAGGCAAGCCGAAUUUUCAAUAAGGCAGAGUAGGAACCAGCCUAGAUUCACAUGUCCUGUAGGGAACACUUAUUUAGCAUUUAUAUUGUGCCUUUAUGUAGAUUAUGUGGGCUGGUGAGGACAUAAGUACCAGGAACCUUGGUCAAUGUCCUUAAGAGCAGAGAGAAUAGCUGCAGGAACAAUUAUAGAUGGUUUAACCAAAGUGACACCACCAGUGUCUGCGUGUGAGAUUGGACAGGAAGUGGAAGGGAUCACUUCCUAUCUGCUCACUACCAGCCUCUCAUACAGGAAAUGCUUUGCAGGGGUAGGGACAGCAAUGAGUGAUUUCACACUGUAUAGCAGCUUUUUCAGUUUUACUAGCAAUCAUAGUUCGGUGAGUACUUUGCAAAUAACCCUCCAAACUCCAUAUACCUGUGUAGGAAAUUAUCCAUGCAAUGGAUUGUAACAUAUUGUAAGAAUCCACCUGUAACAAACAGGGAGACAAUAUUUACUUAUUGUAACAUAGUGUAAGAUGAAAUCUGAUAUAUAUUAUAUAUGGAGUGAAAAAAAUCAAUUAUACAAGCUUUUAUUAACUAAUAGUCUGGAAUUGUAAUAAAAAGAAAUCUAUAAAAAGCAAUUAGAUAAAUUAAACUAGAAAUUGAGACAAUGAUUAUCUCCCAAUCCUCUGAGCUUCUACAUGCACAUUCUAUAAUCAAACACAAACCAGUUAAAAGUUCAUUAAGGAGAGGCAGUGGUCACAAUUUUAUGUGAGCUGGAGCAUCAAAAAUGCUAAAGAACCUGUUAAGGCAUCUCAUCGGCGACAGAAAGACUGCUGGUGCUGCUGCACUGGGGCUCGCAAGCUGGGGGCCCAUCGGGUGGCCCACGCAUUUAAGUCCACCCAAUGGACAUCUCUAAUUAGAGGCCUGACUGGGGGUUAACAGGGUAACAGGGUCCCGAUCAGACUGGCAGUUCGGCUGUGGUGCUGGGAGAAAGUGAGCACAGUUAACUUCCUGCCAGCUUUUACAUAGCCACGUUGGGAGGCAGAGUUAUGAGGAAGAGGCCGGAGUGUGGAUUGACAGUCAGAUUCAGACUCUCAGCAGCCUCAGUCAACACCUUCUGCAGCAAAAUUCUACUGGGCCUCAGGGAAGCCACCCUCCUACACCCAAAAACAUAUAGAAACAGGAGGGUUGCUAAAAAUAUUGAAAUUAUGACCUAUAUGUCUCUGUGUGUAUGUGUGUGUAUCAGUGUGCAUCUGUAUGUGUGUGUGGCAGUUUAUGUGUAUAAAUGCAUACAUCCUGGAAAUCAAAUGCCAACACUACAUACAAACACAUUUCUGUAUUAAAACAUCAUAUGUAAACACACACCUAGAUUUAAACAUCAAUACUACACAAAUGCACACCUGUAUUCAAAUGCCAGCCCUUACAUACAAACACACCCCUGCAUUCAAACACUAAGUAAACCACUGCUUUCAAAUGGCAAAAAUACAAAGAAACACACAACUGCAUUAAAAUGACAUACAAAUACACCACUACAUUCACACACACAUACUCCAUACAAAAACAUUACAUUCAAACACACAAAUACAACCCUGCAAGAAUGGGUUUAAUUUUUGCUGUAGUAGGCCCCAUCAAGCAUACAAUAAUUAUUUUGUAGGCUUUCUGUAACUAUUUUCAAAAAUGAAAUGUGUAACUUAAAGUGAAUUGUGCUGUGUAUGUACUACAAAUGUUAGAAGCCUUGCAAGGAAAAGUAUUUCAUCCCCCCCCCGCAAAAAAACCCCAACAUAUAUAUUUAGUAGGACGUACAAAGUGUCAGAGAUAAGCUAUCGCCUGACACCUGUAUUAGUUCACAUGGGAUUGAAGGUUGUACAACUGUUGCACUCUAGUAGCUAAUACUCCUGCUAACAAGUCUACCAGAGGCAGUGCCUCUAGUUAAUUACCAGCGACAAACAACAAUACUGAUUAUAGGAAAAUAAACACAAUUUAAGUUUAAGGAAAAGAAAUUGAUAUAUUUAUUUUUCACACACAUAUAUAUAUAUAUAUAUAUACAUACACACACACACACACACACACUAUAUGUAUAGUGUAAAUAUAUAUAUUUUCUAAGUAUUAAUAAGCUAAAGAGAAAAAAAUCCUUAAAGAAAAAAAAAUGUAAAUUAAAUCCACUAGGAUAUUCUGUUUCAUAAAGCAGAUGUAGCUGUUUUUUGUUUAAUUCUUUCUUUUGGGGUUUAGUUUAGCAGCCGUUACACAUUAGUAAUAAUCUUCUUGGUGUUAACAGCCACAGGCUACAAAAUGUAAGGCUAUAUUGGCUCCUUUUCCUCCACUUCUGGAAGAUAAAUGAACUGAACAGCAGACAGAAGGAACAGACAAUUAUAAAAAUAAAAAAAUAAAAAUGUACAAAAACACAGAGGUGAUAGUAUGUGGUAUGCCCAUUGUGUAGUUUAGCCACAGCUAUAUUUCUCUAACUUAUGGACAUGAUUUAAGCAAUUGUACAGACAAACUAUUAAUGUAAACUGCAUACUUAACAUAAUUGCUGUCAGUCAUGCACAUUAUGUACAGAUGGCCCAUCGCAGGCCUGUUCCUGCCCAGAUCUUAAACUUCAUCACAUGGAGAAUAUCCAGUUUAUUAAAAUAUUACCAGAUGACUUCUGAUUACUGACUGAGCAAGUCCUUAAUAAUCCUUUCAUAGUGGAUACUUUACUGUGUCCAUUUAACACUAGUCUGCAAGAUAAACUAGUGGAAUAGAAUUCAACUCUACACCUUUAAUUUCUACAAAGCAGUUGAAUACUGGUCUAUACAAAGUUAAUUUGGCAGAAAAAUAUUGGCUGACUAACACUAAACUAAGGCAAAUUGCUGUUUCCCUUUUCAUAAAACGAUUUAGGGAACUAUCAUAUGAUUAAAGAGAUUUGCAUUACGCAUGGAUUGCAGGAUGCAUUCUUGGAAUAAAUGACUUCCAUUUUUUAUUCUGCAUGACUGUCUCCUUCAACUAAAACAGGCUAUUAUACAAACUAUUUGCACAACUAAUUAUGAGACAUGAUAAACAUCUCUUUCAAAUUCUGAGUAAGAGAACAAUGAAUGCCAUAUAAUGGGUUUGGAAAACAGACAGACUGUAUGCUAAACAUACAAUUAACCACAAAAAAAAUCUACCCUUUUUAAGUAUUUGGAGGGGUUGGGAAUCAAGCCAGUGUCAUGAAACAUGAAUUCAUAAACAAAAAUCAUAUAAAUAACCGAUAUAAGUUGACACCAAAUGAUAUAUUUAAUGAUAUGUACUUCGCUGCAUUGAAACAUAUAUUAGAAAUACAGUCUUAAAAUCAAAUACCAAAAAAAUCUCAAACAAGUCAAAGUAUUGACAUUGAUUAGUUUACAGUGUAAUGCUAUUUAUUAAUUAUAUAACCAAAGAUUAACAUGCAGCUGUACAGAACUACAAACAGUGCAUGUGAUAAAAAAACAAACUGUUGAUGAAAGUCAUGUACCUUUGGUACCAUAAUCACUAGAGUGGCCUAUAGUGGUCAUGGUGUUUGGAGAGGUCCUUUACACCAGGAGUUUAACCCCUUAGUGACUGUACGUCCGCGGCCAAAAUGAGCGAUCUAAGCAAUCGUGAUCGCUUCCAGACGCUCUAAGGGUAUUAUACCUCAAUAUCUAGGGAUCGUGCAAUACCCCCUCUUCACCGGGCACCCGAAUGAUCCGGGUAAAUAUAACGGGAAUUUAGAAAGACCAUUUAAUGGUGAGAAAAACAGUAUAUAAUAUGUGUGGGUACAGUAAAUGAGUAAGAGGAAAAUUACAGCUAAACACAAACACUGCAGAAAUAUAAAAACGGCCCUGGUUAAGGGGGGUUAAGCAUGCCUGGAAUAGGCAUAAGGCUACACUAGCUAUAAAAAGGCCAGGGACUAAUGAAAGUAUUUAGAAAAUUGGGCAGACUAGAUGGGCCUAAUGGUUCUUAUCUGCCGAACACCGUCACAUUCUAUGUUUUCUUGAUAAAGUACCUAUUUCUGUAAUAGUUUAGAAUGUAUAAUAGAACACUUGUAUUUUGGUUCAGUUCAGUAGUAUAAUGUAAAAGACGUAAAUACCCUGAAGGUGAAACGUAGUUACACAGAUCGUUACAUACUGCUUCUUAUUUUUUAGGCAGUAGCAGACAUACAACCACAUCCUUACAUAAUAAAUUUAGCCGAUGGACAAGUUAUCAUGACAUUAAAAGCAAACCAACAAGUUUGCUAGUAGUGUAGAAUUUGACAUAUUAAAAAAGGAUUCACUUCUACUCACUCUCAUUUGAAGGGAAUUGCUUUGUAAGAGGUUCAAAGGGUAAUCCCGAGCACCAUAACCACUAGAGCACAUUUUUCAUCUGAUGAAUUCUGUCCAAAAUUGAACAAAAUUGAUACUGUUAAAGUGAUACUAAUAUUGAGUUGAGAGUGCCUCUUGAAUAUUACUUUGUUCCAUCAAAAGUAUGUCUUGAUUAGAAUUGUUUUUAAUCGUUUCAGACCACCUGCUUACAAGAAAUUGUUUUUUUAAUGUAUCAGUGGAAAUAAGUAAUUCAAUAUAGUAUACAUUUAAAUACCAAACCAACAUUAACUAAUUGUGUACUCUGACGAAGAAUUUGCAUAUUAAAAUAAAUUGGAAACAAAGUAUUGGAGAUUACAUUUUUAAUUAAUAGUGGCACUAAAAUAAUAUUUAGUUGUAAACCACACUUUAUAGUUUGCUAUUAAAUAUCUAUUUUCACAGUCAAGCCAUUUAAAUACACCCAUUUCAGUCAUUAAAUUUGAAGGGGAUGGGAAAUUUACACCGAGAGAUAGGUGGGUGAAAUAAAAAAUAAGGAACACUGUAGCAUUAGGAAUACAAAAGUGUAUUCCUAACUGUACAGUAUCCCUCAGCCAUAAAUGUACUGUCCCACCCACUGGGGGUUAAAAAUUCUUUAAACACUUACCUCUUUCCAGCGCUGAGGUCUCUGGAAUCGGCAAUAGGAAGAAGCUAAUGAGCAUGCAUUAGGCCUUCCCCAUAGGAAAGCAUUGAAUCAAUGUUUUCCUGUUGGGAUUUUGAAGAUGCUGGACGUCCUCAUGCAAAUUGUAAGUGUGGAGUUAUAUUCCGAGUAAAUGCAGGAAGCGCCUCUAGUGGCUGUGUGGGAGACAGCCACUGGAGGCAGUCUUCUCCCUGCAGUAUAAACAUUGCAGUGUCUCUAAAACUGCAAUGAUUUACAUUGCAGGGCUAAGGGACAGGGACACUCCACCCAGACCACUUUAAUGAGAUGAUGUGGUUGGGGUACCUGUAGUGUCCCUUUAAGGAUAAAAAUUAAGGGGAGUUAAAAAUGUAUGUUGAAACAAAUUGAAAAGAACAAGAGAGCCAGGAAUGAAAGUUAACCUCUCACUUGAGAGAACUUUAAAUCGAUACAAUAUAAAAGCUGUCUGUGUUAACAUUUUAAAAACAAUACUGUGGUUUGAAGAUAUUUUUCAUAAUACAUUUUAACCUAACUGCCAAGAAGCUCAUUAUGAAAAGGCAAAUAAAAAGCAAAGAUUAACCCAAUAUUCGCUCUUGAUUUCUGCACUAACAUUUUUAAUUUAAGUUAACAGAGCUCAAAGACACAUUAAUAUCAAUCAACAAGACGAGAAUAGAUCUGACACUAGUAUUGAAUUUACCUUACAGGAAAAAUGUAUUAUUAAAUAUAUUGUAAAAAUUGUGAGGCAUUGCAUUAUAGGGUUUUAUGUACUGUUGGCUAAUGAAAGCUCUUUUAGUUAAGAUGUAGAUUGUAAAUUUGCACAGGCAUUUCAGAUGGUGCUCAGUGACAUUGUUUAAGGCUUAAGGGGUUAAAACCUCAGAAAUGUGGCUGUAUAAUCUUUCUCUAUCUGCGCAUGAAUCUUUUAAUGUGUACAUCUUUGCAGAAAUGUGUCACUGUGCAUGAAUGUGUUUCUGAUCUAUUUCAGCCCAAAGCAUUAAGGAUAACUUCAGUUUAUAAAACAAACACUUCCAAAAACUCCUAGUGAAAGAACCUACAAAAUCUGUUGAAAAAACUGAGAAUUUAUAUUGCAUCCAUGGCAUACCAAUAAAAAACUAUUACACACAAAAUCUGUUUAAAUGGAUCAUCUGCACUACCAAAACUCCAAAACAUAUUUGACUUCUAUAGAUUAAUACAACUAGGCAUACUCUAUAAAUAAUAAAAAAAACUAAACUAAAUUAAAACUCUUCUAUAUUAUUUUAGUGAUAAGGGAAUCCAAAACAGAGAUGAAAUGUGUUAUUUUCAUCAAAAGCAAUGCUUACAUGUCACCAUCUCCUAUAUUAAUUUUGAUAUAUAUAUCAAUCUGAGUCACUUUAGAAUACACUUAAAAUCUGAUAAACCCAAUGCCCUAUUUCCACUAUACAAUAUUUGCUAUGAUUUAGGUCAUAAUUUGAUGCCAAGAAUAUAAUAACAUCAUAUCGAACUCCAAUUGAGAAACUCUGAAAAACUUUAACCACAUAUAUACGGUUUGAUCAAAAAUUCUGGUAUAAAACUUGUGCAUGGUGAAAAAAUUUGCUUUGUCCAAAUCGAUUUGCCCUUAAAAAAAAAGUUUUUUAAAAUGGUUCCAGAUGAAUUGCGUCUUAGCAAUUUGGUGUUUUUGAGUUGGUAAAUUUUGACAAUGUAAUAAUUUAAGGACUAAUCAAAAUGACACUGAUAUAACCUAUUAUUGUACUAAUACAUACAUACAUAAUGUAAAUAUGUUUAUAGUACAUUGCAAAUUAUAUACUUUUUCGUAAUUUAUCCAUGUAGAAUUUUGGAGUUGUGGAAUUUGGAAAAAUCCGCAAUUGCCAAAAAUUUAACAAAUCACAAUUUAUUUGAAACCACAAGUCACUUAGUUAUUUAUAUUUAAUACUUAUUUAAGUGUUUAGUGGCUACUUUUCUAAAUACGCUAGCAUCAAACACAUAUUGAUAGCUCAAUAAUGUCUCAGUUUAAAUAAUCAGAACCCUUAAGUAAAAUAAAAAUUGGAAAUUUACAUACCAAUACAGCUCCCUAACAAAACUAACCUCCUCAUUACCAAGCACAAAACAAAUACCCUAAAACCCUUAGUCUCCCAUUAUUUUUAACUAUUCUUAAAAUCCAAAAUCAAACGCCAAACCUAAUCCUACACCAGCCCUAAAACUAACACUGAGGCAUUCCUUCUGUUUGCAUGCAGGGAACCCGAUGAGGGUCUUUGUAGACAUGUUUCAGACCACCAUGGUUGAACAUGAUCGAUUAGCCACUGUGUUUUAAGGGACUAUGUCUACGAAUAUUGGUGUUUAUUUAACCACUAGAUGCGGAAAGAAUUCGUAAUUAUUCUAUAGUAAACUGCUUCUUGUAAUCCUCCAGUAAAAACCUGCAAAUACUUUAAAGAGAAUGAGAACGUACAUCUAGGAUAUCCAGCAAGUAUGGUAGUAUAACAGCUAUAAAGAUGCUCAAAUACUGCUCAAGGAAUCAAUAACCAUUUCCGGUAAUGAAACUGUUUGUUGCUGCAACAAUUCUGUCUUUAAUUCUUGCCAGCUGUAUAACAAUGAGCCUUGCAGAAAUUUAUUUAAUUUUGAUUCUCCAAUCCAAAAUGACUUACAGGGUUUAGAGAAGGUGGCAGAUUUCUAACACUUGUGUUUACACAACGAUGGCAGAGAAAGCAUUAAGCAUCACUGGCACACCUGGGAUCUCUCUAGGGUUUCCCGUAAUCCAUAACUCACUGAUAGAUGUUGGUUCACUGUUAAACAUUGCCUUUUUUUUUUUUAACUGUCUGUUGACUGGAGUUUGUCAUUCUUGACUAUUCAAUAUGUGCUACAAAUGCUUGGAUUUUACAUCGAAAGUAUGAGCAUCAAAACCACUUCACUUAGAUUCUGCCUUGUAAACUUCUACCUGCAAACAAUGUCAUUUCUGAGAAACCAAACUUUUUUUUCCCCCAUGGCUCUAAUGGCUGUCAAUCAUACGGUCUUAGGUCCCUUGGAUUGAAAUAUCUUCAGUAGUUGUAUGGAAGUGAGCAGAUGCCACAUGCGGAGUAUGCACUCAGCAAUAUUAGAGACACGUAUUUGUGGACACUUUCACUAUCGAAUUAAAUUAAUUUGUCUGUUAAAGUGCCCAGUGGACAACGAUAUGAUUAGUAAUAUUUUUAAUUGUAUAACUUCCUGUGUAAAGGUUAUUUGUGAUCUAAAUUAUGUUUGGGGUUUUCAUUCACAACCAUUUACAUAACUGCUGGCAGCAAAAAUAUAGAUUAUUUAAGUAAAAUAAAAAAAUCAAACACAAAAAGUCUUGUUCUAAACCAAGAAAUAUUUUCAAGAUUUUAGACAGGACGAUAGAAUAAUACUGUUUGUUCAUCGUAAUUCAUAAAGUAUGACUUAAUUUUAUAAAAUAUAAUUGCACAUGAGUCAACUGUAAUCAUCUACUGCAGAUAGCAAGGUGUCUGAAAUAGAACAAUAAAUAGUUGUACUAUCUGAAUAAUGUAAAAAAAAAAGAGAGUGAUCUAAUAUACAUAUUUAAAACAAAGUAUUUUACAAAUUUAGGAUUUCUUUCUCUACUUCUAUGGAAAACACUACGUUAUUUCCUAUACUUAAAGAGACACUCCAAAACAAGAGAAAUUUAGUUCUAUAGCACCUUAAACACUCCAAACACCAUAACCACAGGGUCAUUGUAGUGACUUCUAACCUAGGGGCUGCCAGACUCCACACCGCACCUACACUACUUCUGACAAAGAACUGUGAACUCCUGCGUAGAAGCUUCCUUUAGCUUUCCUGAGCUAAGCCGUGCAGACCUCGUUUAUUGCCUGAGAAUCAGCUGAUGACUUUCUGUCAAUGAGUUAAGCCUAGCACUGCAGGGCUUAGCUCAGACAGAGACCUUAUGGCUGUUGAAUGUAGUCGAGGUGGAGGUGGGGAGCAGCCCAAAUGGCAUGACUACCUAAAAUGUGGGGUCAUUAAGGGCACCAUAACCACUGCAGCAUGCAGAGCGUGGAUUGGAAUAAGUCUCAUGAAGUUUAAGCAGGUCCAAGUCCUAUUAACAACGGUUUAUAAUUGCAUUGACUUGCAAAGACAGUCAAACAAAGACAGAUAUAUGCCUACUCCAAUCUAACAGACUUCACAGGAGAAAUACAAGCUUCCCAAUGCUAUUCCUAGUACUUGUAUCUUAGGUGCAUGAUAUGCUGCUACCAUCCUCCCACAUUGGGCUAGUAGUGUUGAGUAAACGAGCCACAUCUACAUGCAUACAAUGUUUUGUAUUGGAUAAAUGGAGCAAGUUCCACAUAAUAUAAUAUACGGAGAUCAGCAAAUGUGUAUAAAGAAAUAUCUAUUUAUUUGAAACCUUAACAGUGUUUAAUUAAAUUUCUGCACGUUAGAAAAUAAGGAAACAUUUUACUUUUUUAUUAUUUGAUUAAUCUACUUUUAGAUAUUGGCACGAUUGUUAUACUGACUGUUAUAUUUCACAUUCAAAUUAUCAAGUAUAUUUAAAACUAUAAAUAUUUGUUUGACAUCUCUGUGUCCAAGAGAUUUCCAUGUAUUCAUUUUCGGCCGACGGUGGAUGGGAAUACGGCUCAUUAAAUUCAAGCCGGUCCGGAGAAUUCACGGACACAAAAACAUAAAUAACAAUAUAGGGAAAAAGCCACAGAUUAUGCACUUUCUAGUACAACAGGUGGGGAAACAAGGGCUGUUUAUGGGCUUAAUAAAAUACACUGUUACACUAUAGUUGAGUUCCAAGUCAUUAAAAAAUGACAAUUUAAUGCUUUUCUAGAGAGCGAGGCUGAUACAAACACACAUUAUAUAAUAUAUAUUAAAGAAGGCUAUCAAAGCUGCUUCAGGAGAAAUUAAUAAUGGUUUAUCUUCACAUACAUAAAUCACUUCCCAUCAUUCUUGGAUGCCCAGAAAGGUCAAACAGAUAUUUAUCUUCCUAAAACUACAAUAUCCAGUGGUCUGUUUUGCAUCAUUUACACAUUCUAAGGUUUCUGCUUCUUUUUGUAUGAGAUAAUGUUAGAUGUCUCACAGACACUUUCUCAAAGUGCUUCCCGUUCAGCAUACCACAAAGACACUCAUGGAUGCAGACUUUUGGCCAUUGCAAAAAUGUUAUUACAUACCUUCACCUCUAAAUUUCCAGCCCUUGAUUGCAGCUUAUAUCUUGUUUUCUAGUUACAAUAACCACUAUUCCUUAACUAUUCCAUUAUUUAAAUAAUGGCACCUGCACAAAAUAGCUUUUUUUCUAAUCUACACUAUUUAAAACAUUUGUUUUUCUGAAACUCAAAAUCUGUUUUAUUUUAUUCAGGUGUUAUGGAAAUCAGAACCGUGUCCAUUGGAAUUGUGGCAAUUAAGGGAGUGCACAGUGAAUAUUUUCUAGCCAUGAAUAAGUCUGGAAAGCUAUAUGGAAAGGUAAGCUUUUUUUUUUUUUUUUUUUUGCAAAAAUGCCGAAUAUUAAAGAUGUGUUUACUUUUUGUAUACUGGAUGGUUAAGUGUAAAAAAAUGGAUCCAUGAACAAUGUGAGUCUAUUCACAAAGAUCCAAUUUUCUGACCAACUUUUAAAAGAAAGUUGGUUGAAAAAAGUGGUGCAUGACAAAAGCUUAAAGCCUACAAAAAUUCAUGUUAUUCACUUAUUACAGAGUGUGGGAAAAAAAUAUGACAUACAAAUAGGACUUAAAGGGACAUUAUAGCUUAAUGUAGUGGUUCUGGUGUCUGUAGCCUGUCCCUGUAGGCUUAACAUUGCUGCCUAAUAACACCUUUAGCGGUAGUCACACAGACUACUAUUGGAGGUGCUUCCUGGCCCAGUGCUACACAGCUCUGUAUGGAGAUGCUGAACAUUCCCCAUAGAGAUGUAUUGUUUCAAUACAUCUUUAUUGGGAGAUAGUGAUUGGUACAGCAAAGCGUUUUGCUGUGCCUGCGCAAUAGCCUCCCAAUGCUUUCCUGUGGGAAAGCAUUAAAUUGGCUAAGAUCAUCAAGAUUGAUGAUCUCAGCCAUGGAGGUGGGACCAGCCGUGUGGAGACCGGUGCAGCAUGGAAGAAAAGAUAUGUUUAAUAUCUUUUCUGAGUGAUCAGAGGGGGGCUAGAAAGCUAAACAGUAAGUUUAAUACUGUAGUGUUCGAAAUACAGGUUUGUAUACCUGACACUAUAGUGUCCCUUUAAGCAAUUUGAAUCAACAUUUAAAACCCUGUUGGUUCUGAUUAUCUGCUUAACGCUUAACUUUUAAGUUGGCUAUUAAUAAGCAGGACUUGAUAGGCAGUCAGCAAGAAUUGGGUGUUAAUUGAUGGGUCAAGAUGUCUUAAACGAGGUAUAUUUCAAGCAAACAAUGGUAACAAUGGCACACUAGUAGCGCUAAGCUCAUAGUGGGAAAAAAUAAACAGCAAUAUUUCUAUAUUUAAAAAUAUACUCAUGUGGUUAAAGUGGAACUGCCAGUUCCCUGGAUUUUAAAUAUUAUGAUUACUUAUCCCUAUAUUUAACAAACAUGUAUUUGUGAGGUGUGAAAAAUAAUAUUAACCCCUUAAGGACCAAACUUCUGGAAUAAAAGGGAAUCAUGACAUGUCACACAUGUCAUGUGUCCUUAAGGGGUUAAAGGACCACUAUAGGCACCCAGACCACUUCAGCUUAAUGAAGUGGUCUGGGUGCCAGGUCCAGCUAGGUUUAACCCUUUUUUCUAUAAACAUAGCAGUUUCAGAGAAACUGCUAUGUUUAUUAUAGGGUUAAUCCAGCUUCUAGUGGCUGUCUCAUUGACAGCCGCUACAGGCGCUUCCGCGCUUCUCACUGUGAUUUCCUAUGGACUGGCUGAAUGCGCGAGCGGCUCCUGCCGCGCAUGCGCAUUCAGCCGAAGAGGAGAGCUCCCCGCCCGGCACUGGCGUAAGAGGUAAGUUUAACCCCUUCCACCCCCUAGAGUCCGGCGGGAGGGGGACCCUGAGGGUAGGGGCACCCUCAGGGCACUAUAGUGGUCCUUUAAAUGUAGAAAGGCACACUUCUUCAUCCUGCAACUGGGUGCCUCCAUAUUAGCUUACUGUCAUUCAGCUCUGUCGUUUGGACCAGCCGUCAGCAUACAGAGUAGAAAUAAAAGUUUCUAUCCUCUUUUUCAUUAGCAAUGGUUUUCUGCCUUUGCCAUGUCUGAACUGGAUUGGGAUGUAAUUUGCUAAAAGUUCAAUAUAAAAAUUAAAAGAAAACAGAGCAACACGCCAAAAAGGUUAAUACAAGUUACAGGUGAUUGUUUAAUGUUUUAUCCAAUGGUGUCAAAUGAUAUUUCUUACUAUUACUAAUAUUAGAAAUGUUAAGUGGCAACAAUAUAUAGAACUUUAUUUCCAGGAAUAUUCCUGUAAUCAAACAUUAACAAUCCUUGUUUUGACUUGACAGAAAUCCUGUAAUGAAGACUGUAACUUUAAGGAGCUUAUCCAAGAAAACCGCUACAACACCUAUGCAUCAGCAAAGUGGACAAAUAAUGGAAAAGAUAUGUUUGUUGCUUUGAACACCAAAGGUUCACCUUUGAAAGGAAAAAAAUCAAAGAAAGAGCUAAAAUCCUCUCAUUUCCUUCCAAUGCCAACACCCUAACUGGAUAUAAAAUGAAAUUCACCAGUUCCAGCAGAAAGAUUUUUUUUUUAAUCUAUUUUAAUAAUAUUAUUAAUAAAAAAAAAAACAUAUAAAACACGAGAAAAGCUGGAUCUACUACUGAAAAUCCAAACAAGCUGGACUUGCGCAAUUAUGUGGAUUUAAAAGACUGAUAAAAGAAAUAAUUUCAAACUAAAUGUAAAGAAAACAAAACUUUAAAAAUUAACCCAUACAAAAUAUAGUUAAGAUUAAGUUGUAAAAAUUCUGAAGAUUUGUACAAACAUAUGUUAGUAAUAAUCAUGGGGUAUUAUUUUUGUUAAAUUAUCUAACCCCAAACAAGGAGGAUUGACUUGAUUAUCUGAUAUAUAUUUAAAAUAAAAAUCUGCUUGUUAAAUAUGGCUGCUAUAAAAAUUGUCUUUUUUUUUCUUCUAAAGAGCAGAUAAUAGUGUUAUGUAAAAUAUGUCGGAUUUUUAGGCUGCUGGAAUGAUGUCAGAUUUUCAAGUCAAUUCUACAUGUAGACAUUGAGCGGUACAUAAAUAAAUCCCUUAUUGAAGAAACUGUAUGCACAUUUAUAUCAUAAGAAAAUAUUUUUUACAUUUGUGACUAUGGCAUUCAAAUAAAAAUGUAUUUGUGGAAUGAGGUUAUGCCAUCACUUUCUAUGUAAUCCUUGUUCUGAAGAAUGCCUAUUGCUGCUCAUAUUUUAAAGCAACAGUACUAUCAAUACAAUACUUACUUGUCUAUGUGCAGUCUGGUCUACAUAUGAGAACAUCGACUUCUAUAAUACUGAUUUAAUAAAAUCCUUUCAGAUAUAACAAAAAAAAAACUAUUUUCAUUGUUAAAUACUGCUGUUAUUUAUGAGAAAAUUUCAAAUGUCAAAGUAUUCUGUUGUGUUUUUGGAAUUCCAAAGUUGGCUCAAGAGAAUUGGCAUAACAUGAAGAUAAUUCAGUGUGUCUUGAUUUGAAACCUGUGGAUAAUGAUUGCUUGAUCUCAAAGAGACUGCAAAAUAUGUGACGUGAAAGGAAGCACAGAAUUGCCACAAUUUGUUUUCCUCCAGUAGAAGGGACAGAAAAAGAAAGUUAGAGAGAGGUGGAAAAAAGGCAAUGGUCAAAUUUAGUAGAAAUUUAUUUUCUCGUUCAUUUUUUUUAUUUAUGAUUCCAUGAAGAAUAGUAAUUCCAGAGAUAGUGAAUCAAAUACUGCUCUCCACAAACAGGUAUCGACUUUGAAGACACCAUUCACAAAGUGAUGGUUUCAUUAUAUUUUACUCUCCUUGCCAGUAGACAUACAUUGAUGUACUGGGUUAUUGGACCUUCCAUUGAUGGCAAAUGUAUUGCGACUUAAAAAAGCGUUUAUGUGCUUAUUUGCAAAGUUACUUUGCUUUAUCUGUGGGUGGGACAUUACCUAUUAUCAAAAUAAUUUAUUUAUAUAUUUUUAAAAACAGCAUUUAUGUCAGAUUAUUGAAAUCCAUACUUGGGUUCCCAAAUACUAAAGAAUGCAAGAGCAAAUUUAGAGUCAAAAUGCAUACAGCGCUAUACAUACAACAUACAGUACUGGGCAGUGCUAAACCCUUCAGAUCAAUAACAAGGAAUUUGAAUGCUCUAGUCCGAAGUGGGUUAUUAACCCCUUAAGGACACAUGACAUGUGUGACAUGUCAUGAUUCCCUUUUAUUCCAGAAGUUUGGUCCUUAAGGGGUUAAUCUGAUAUAAAUGGUAUGACAGCCAGAGCAAAGCAAUCCACAGUGAACGGUCUGGUACAGAAAUAAACCAAAAUAAAUAAACCAAAAACAAACAAAAAAAACUUAUGCAGUUCAGAAAACUGUACAUAAACAAUAGGGCUCAAAUGUAUUUCAUCUCACAAAAAUAUAAAUUAUUUAGCUCUGAAAUAAUAGCAAAGAUACAUUUUUUAUGUAUAUUAUAAUCAAUACUAUGUACAAUUCCUCGUAGGGCAUAUGGCUUCUAAAACUGUUUUUGAACAAUUAUUCAUGCUUUUUCUC